AGGAGUUUGUCAGAUGCGCAUGUAGCGGCUCGCGGGGUUCUAAAUGGAACAAUGUGACUGGUCGGAAGUGACAGCCUUAACCGUGUGGGGUUAACGAUUAAGCCAGGUACGGGCCGUUACCGUAAAUAAGGCAUGCAUACCGGCACCCACGCAUCAGGCUGCAGCACACAUUAUAACGGAGUGCAGGAUACGAGACAACAGUUUUGACAGGAUACGAGACAACCGUUUUGAGGCGUUCAGCAGUGCGCUCUGUUCUGUGUGGUUUCUCUCGUCUCCUCUGUGGACCUCUGCGUUUUAGGUAAAGAACUGUCUGUUAUACCAGAUGUGCUGGUACCGAUCCAGACAUAUUGGACUGGGGGAUGCUUUUCACCUCAGGCUAUUUUCCUCUUUUAUUCCUCGCUGCUCUCUUUAUCUCUCCCCCCUCCCCCCUCUCCCCCUCUCUCUGUGAAGGGAAUCGUUGUUUUUUGUCAUUACCACUUUAGAGAAUAUUCCCUGGCUCAUGUUACCGUUAUGUUAUGGUUCAUCUAGCUGUCACGUCAGUUGCCUGAAAUAUUUCAUUAUACAUAACUGGGCUACAAGUGGGUGGCUGACUAAAUUUGGAGAGAAAAAAUCCCCACGAUCAAUAAUCGGGUUGUGUUGGCAUUAUCACAAACUCACAGAAGGGUUCCUUCCCCCUAUUCACCCACGACCAAGCUUGUACUAAUUUACGCCUUUGCUGUGUUGGGCUGCGGGGUAUUGGUCUUGACUACUAAACAGAGGAUUGUUUCAGGACCAGGACCAGGGGGGAAACCAAAUGCGCACUAACGUAGGAGCGUAUCUGAUGUCUUAACAUGUGGGGGGAGAAUCAGCAUUAGAGGACGUAGCCUACACCUCGGCUAUUGGCAGAAUAUUUGUAGCCGGCCAGAGGAAUUUACAUGUUUGGCGCUGUAUGAAACCGUUUGUAAACUCUUCCAUAGGUGACCCCUCUUCAUAACGCCAAACAGAGUCCGAGUAAAGUGUUGAGUUUUGUUAGUGCAACACGCUGCUUUUUUAAGGUUAAUAUCCUACCCUUAGUCAACUCAGCUUGAAGUAGACCGCUGAAAGUAAAGGCUGAUUUAGGUAGGCUAUAGCCGAUUCUCUAAGGCAGGGCUCUCCAACAAACAGAUUUAUUCCAACCGGUGCCUAUACCAAAUAAAUUCAGUAUUGCCAUGUCCAUUCCAUGGCAGCCAUUUGUGGUCAACAAUGCGCAUUUAUAGGCUUGGCUACAAAAAAAAGCUGAAGCUGAUGUAAUGUUCCCUGUGAAAGAGACAGAAAAUGUAGCCUAUUCUUAAGUUAGGGUAGGUAACAACACAUCUGCCACACUGAUCCUUAACACGGGGGCCCCUCAGGGGUGCGUGCUCGGUCCCCUCCUGUACUCCCUGUUCACCCAUGACUGCAUGGCCAGGCACGACUCCAACACCAUCAUUAAGGUUGCCGACGACACAACAGUGGUAGGCCUGAUCUCCGACAACGAUGAGACAGCCUAUAGGGAGAAGGUCAGAGACCUGGCCGUGUGGUGCCAGGAUAACAACCUCUCCCUCACGUGAUCAAGACAAAGGAGAUGAUUGUGGACUACAGGAAAAAAAAGAGGACUGAGCACACCCCCAUUCUCAUCGACGGUGUUGUAGUGGAACAGGUUGAGAGCUUCAAGUUCCUUGGUGUCCACAUCACCAACAAACUAUCAUGGUCCAUACACACCAAGACAGUCGUGAAGAGGGCACGACAAAGCCUAUUCCCCCUCAGGAGACUGAAUAGAUUUGGCAUGGGUCCUCAGAUCCUCAAAAAGUUAUUCAGCUACAUCAUCGAGAGCAUCCUGACAGGUUGCAUCACCGCCUGGUAUGGCAACUGCUCGGCCUCCGACCGCAAGGCAGUACAUCACUGGGGCCAAGCUUCCUGCCAUCCAGGACCUCUAUACCAGGCGGUGUCAGAGGAAGGCCCUAAAAAUUGUCAAAGACUCCAGCCACCCUAGUCAUAGACUGUUCUCUCUGCUACCGCACGGCAAGCGGUACCGGAGCGCCAAGUCUAGGUCCAAAAGGCUUCAUAACAGCUUCUACCCCCAAGCCAUAAGACUCCUGAACAGCUAAUCAUGGCUACCCUGACUAUUUACACUGCCCCCCACCCCACCCCACCCCAUCCCCCUCUUUUACGCUGCUGCUACUCUGUUUAUUAUUUAUGCAUAGUCACUUUAACUCUACAUGUACAGUCGUGGUCAAAAGUUUUGAGAAUGACACAAGUAUUGGUCUUCACAAAGUUCGCUGCUUCAGUGUUAUGAGAUAUUUUUGUAUAAUUACAAGCAUUCCAUAAGUGUCAAAGGCUUUUAUUGGCAAUUACAAGUUUAUGCAAAGAGUCAAUAUUUGCAGUGUUGACCCUUCUUUUUCAAGACCUCUGCAAUCCCUCCUGGCAUGCUGUCAAUUAACUUCUGGGCCACAUCCUGACUGAUGGCAUCCCAUUCUUGCAUAAUCAAUGCUUGGAGUUUGUCAGAAGUUGUGGGUUUUUGUUUGUCCACCCACCUCUUGAGGAUCGACCACAAGUUCUCAAUGGGAUUAAGGUCUGGGGAGUUUCCUGGCCAUGGACCCAAAAUUACGAUGUUUUGUUCCCCGAGCCACUUAGUUAUCACUUUUGCCUUAUGGCAAGGUGCUCCAUCAUGCUGGAAAAGAUAUUGGUCGUCACCAAACUGUUCUUGGAUGGUUGGGAGAAGUUGCUCUCGGAGGAUGUGUUGGUACCAUUCUUUAUUCAUGUCUGUGUUCUUAGGCAAAAUUGUGAGUGAGCCCACUCCCUUGGCUGAGAAGCUACCCCACACAUGAAUGGUCUCGGGAUGCUUUACUGUUGGCAUGACACAGGACUGAUGGUAGCGCUCACCUUGUCUUCUCCGGACAAGGUGUUUUCCGGAUACCCCAAACAAUCAGAAAGGGGAUUCAUCAGAGAAAAUGACUUUACCCCAGUCCUCAGCAGUCCAAUCCCUGUACCUUUUGCAGAAUAUCAGUCUGUCCCUGAUGUUUUUCCUGGAGAGAAGUGGCUUCUUUGCUGCCCUUCUUGACACCAGGCCAUCCUCCAAAAGUCUUCGCCUCAAUGUGCGUGCAGAUGCAGUCACACCUGCCUGCUGCCAUUCCUGAGCAAGCUCUGCACUGGUGGUGCCCCGAUCCCACAGCUGAAUCAACUUUAGGAGACGGUCCUGGCGCUUGCUGGACUUUCUUGGAUGCCCUGACGCCUUCUUCACAACAAUUGAACCUCUCUCCUUGAAGUUCUUGAUGAUCCGAUAAAUGGUUGAUUUAUGUGAAAUCUUACUAGCAGCAAUAUCCUUGCCUGUGAAGCCCUUUUUGUAAAAAGCAAUGAUGACGGCACAUGUUUCCUUGCAGGUAACCAUGGUUAACAGAGGAAGAACAAUGAUUUCAAGCACCACCCUCCUUUUAAAGCUUCCAGUCUGUUAUUCUAACUCAAUCAGCAUGACAGAGUGAUCUCCAGUCUUGUCCUCGUCAACACUCUCACCUGUGUUAACGAGAGAAUCACUGACAUGAUGGCACCUGGUCCUUUUGUGGCAGGGCUGAAAUGCAGUGGAAAAGUUUUUUGGGGAUUAAGUUCAUUUUCAUGGCAAAAAGGGACUUUGCAAUUAAUUGCAAUUCAUCUGAUCACUCUUCAUGACAUUCUGGAGUAUAUGCAAAUUGCCAUCAUCAAAACUGAGGAAGCAGACUGUGUGAAAAUUAGUAUUUGUGUCAUUCUCAAAACUUUUGACCACGACUGUACAUAUUACCUCGACUAGCCGGUGCCCCCGCACAUUGACCCUGUACUGGUACCCCCCUGUAUAUAGCCUCCCUACUGUUAUUUUAUUUUACUGCUGCUCUUUAGUUAUUUGCUUUUAUCUUUUACUUCACUAUUUUUUACUUAACACAUUUUUUAUUAAAUUUGUUAUAAAAAAAGAAAAUUGUUGGUAAGUAAGCAUUUCACUGUAAUGUCUACACCUGUUGUAUUCGGCGCAUGUGGCAAAUACAAUUUUAUUUUAUUUAUAAUUUUCUUCUCUUUCAGGUAAACAGCAGCCAGAGCGCUGGAGGAGAAGUACUCUCCCGCAGUGCAGCUCCGUAACUCUAUCCGUGUGCUGCAGACCUUUAAAUACUCCUCAUAAAAUAGCCACUUGGUGAAAGGUGAGACCUUCCCAGCCCAGGACACCGACUAGCGCGAGCUAGUCUGAAAGGACCAUCAGAGCGCGUGCAGGACUGGAUGACUUUCUGAAAAGAACUUCAGGCUACUAGCUGGACCUGCAAUAUUUCAUGUACUUUUCCAUACCAACUUUUCAAGACUUUUUGGUUACCAGUCGUUGUUGACCAGAUAACAAUUGGUUUGUUCGUUUGUUUUGCUGUCUUUAACAAAUAUAUAAUUAUGUUUCAUUCUUCUAUACAUCUGUCUACCGUGCGCAUGCAGUGAAUGGAGAACAUACUCCAGCUUCUCCCAAAGCACCGGCAAGAUCUCACACAUGCCUGGGGGAGAGCAGCUACGCACACCUGCCUUUGCAGUAGCCUAGUUGUGCCUUCAAAACGUUUUUUACCACAUUAUUUCGUGUUCAUGACCACACCUGAGAUCAGGUUAUUAAAAACCGAUCAAGGGAAAUCUAAACUCAAACAUCCCACAGCUUUUAGCCAUAGCGUAUAUUUGUAAUUCAGUUUACUGUCCCCAAAAGCUUCCGCAUGGUACUUUGGUCGAAAGAGCAAGACAAACCGUCGGACACCGACAUGUCAUCCGGGGCGAUAGAAAUGAAGAAGGUGGUGCCACCAGUGUACCUCCACUCCAACGGCUCCGUUCACCCGGCUAUCCUCACUGACGACCCCGAGGUGAUGAGACCGGAGGAGAGGGGCGAGUACGAGCUCACGGAAGUGACAUCCUUCACGGACAGGUCUGGUGAACCAGGAGAUGAAGGCCGGGAGAUAGUGGUGAUAGACUGCCGGGCGAAUGCCAAGGGCCAGCGCGAGGAGGAUGCUCUCCUGGAGAACGCCAGCCAGAGCAACGAGAGCGAUGACAUAAGCACCGACCAGAGCCCAGAGCCACCAGCGCCGCUAAAAGAAACCUCCUUCUCCAUCGGCCUCCAGGUGGUCUUGCCGUUCCUGCUGGCCGGGUUCGGGACGGUGGCGGCGGGCAUGGUGCUGGACAUUGUUCAGGUGAGGAGAAACUGUUUUGAUUCACACCAAUUUAUUUCAGGUCAGGUGACAGGUCACAUGGUCGUCAGACCAAAACUCCUGAACCUAUUGAUUCUAUUUGAUUCUGCACAGAGAGGAAGAGGCGAAGCGAGAGGGAUAACUCAGCCUCAAUUCUGGCUUCUCCUGCAGGUGGGGUUUUUCCGCUCACCAAGCAAGGAGUUUUUGUAUUGAGGUCAAUGAGUGUCGAAUUUGGCCAGCAAGAAAUCUAAGGCUUAUUUGCUAUGUGAGGUUUAUUUGAUCGAAUAGAGGUGUUUUAAUGCUUAGGUUGUUAAAGAGUGUACCGAUAUAAGUAGGACACGUGACAUCCCAGCAACUUUGAGAAAAACCACUUGAUUUCAGAGUUGUGCCUGUUAGUGCAAUCCAGAAUCCUUGGGACGUCACUACCCUAAUCCUAACCUUAACCCCUACCCUAACCAUAACCCUUACCUGACCCUAACUUUAACUGGUACAUUAACAUUUUUACAUUUAAACUUCAAUGGGGUAGGGAUGUCCCAAGGAUACUGGAUUGCAAGGACCAUUGUGGUUGUUCACACGCUUAUCUGCCCUCUCAUUUGCUAGAAUGGUCCCAUCUGAACUUGUUUCCUCCCGACUGCCUUCCAUUUUUGAAGACAUUUAUUUUCCUUGUUAGAGCGGCCAAUGGAGUAUCUGGUCAAUAUAAUGGAACAUCUGUGUUCUGCAGUAUGGACUCAGAAACAGAAUGUUGAGGCAUUGAGUAAUGUUCCACCUGUAGGCUACAGACAACACUAGGCCUUGCUUGUGUCAGGAUCUGUACUGUAAUGUGUUUAUGCUACCUCCUCCACCCUCCACCCUCUACUCACCUCAGUCCCGUUAAAGACAAUAAGGACCCAGUCUUCAGCCUAUUUUUACAGUCAUGUUGUUAAGACAUGCUCCGGUACUUUUGCGACGACUAAGUAUUUUUUAAACCUCCCACUUUGGGCUGGAUGUGUCAAAGUGUUCUUCAUACAUGCAUAAUCUAUGAGCAGAAUUACUGUCUUACCUCAAUUAGCCACAAAAUCCCUAGUUUGAAAGCACACACAUGAGGGCGAGGCUAGCGUGGCUAAGCGAGUGCUGCUUGUAUAUAUUGUAAAUGGCCGGUUACCCCUUCACCCCUCGUCUGGCACAUGUUGGUACACACUCCGUUCUUGGGAGGGGAGUAGGGGUGGAGGGGGGUAGAAAGAGGACAGCUGGACAGUUACAUUAAGACUUAUCUGUUUAUUUAUCUGACAUAUCUGUGAAUACUGCUGAGACAGAGACUCAAACACAUACAGUUGAAGUCGGAAGUUUACAUACACCUUAGCCAAAUACAUUUAAACUCAGUUUUUCACAAUUCCUGACAUUUAAUCCUGGUAAAAAUUCCCUGUCUUUGGUCAGUUAGGAUCACCACUUUAUUUUAAGAAUGUGAAAUGUCAGAAUAAUAGUAGAGAGAAUGAUUUAUUUCAGCUUUUAUUUCUUUCAUCACAUUCCCAGUGGGUCAGAAGUUUACAUACACUCAGUUAGUAUUUGGUAUCAUUGCCUUUAAAUUGUUUAACUUGGGUCAAAUGCUUUGGGUAGCCUUCCACAAGCUUCCCACAAUAAGUUGGGUGAAUUUUGGCCCAUUCCUCCUGACAGAGCUGGUGUAACUGAGUCAGGUUUAUAGGCCUCCUUGCUCGCACACGCUUUUUCAGUUCUGCCCACAAAUGUUCUAUAGGAUUGAGGUCAGGGCAUUGUGAUGGCCACUCAAAUACCUUGACUUUGUUGUCCUUAAGCCAUUUUGCCACAACUUUGGAAGUAUGCUUGGGGUCGUUGUCCAUUUGGAAGACCCAUUUGCGACCAAGCUUUAACUUCCUGACUGAUGUCUUGAGAUGUUGCUUCAAUAUAUCCACAUAAUUUUCCUUCCUCAUGAUGCCAUCUAUUUUGUGAAGUGCACCAGUCCCUCCUGCAGCAAAGCACCCCCACAGCAUGAUUCUGCCACCCCCAUGCUACACGAUUGGGAUGGUGUUCUUUGGCUUGCAAGUACCCCCUUUUUCCUCCAAACAUAACGAUGGUCAUUAUGGCCAAACAGUUCUAUUUUUGUUUCAUCAGACCAGAGGACAUUUCUCCAAAAAGUAAGAUCUUUGUCCCCAUGUGCAGUUGCAAACCGUAGUUUGGCUUUUUUAUGGCAGUUUUGGAGCAGUGGCUUCUUCCUUGCUGAGCGACCUUUCAGGUUAUGUCGAUAUAGGACUAGUUUUACUGUGGAUAUAGAUACUUUUGUACAUAUUUCCUCCAGCAUCUUCACAAGGUCCUUUGCUGUUGUUCUGGGAUUGAUUUGCACUUUUUGCACCAAAGUACGUUCAUCUCUAAGAGACAGAACGCAUCUCCUUCCUGAGCAGUAUGACGGCCGCGUGGUCCCAUGGUGUUUAUACUUGCGUACUAUUGUUUGUACAGAUGAACGUGUUACCUUCAGGCAUUUGGAAAUUGCUCCCAAGGAUGAACCAGACUUGUGGAGGUCUACAAAAAUUUUUCUGAGGUCUUGGCUGAUUUCUUUUGAUUUUCCCAUGAUGUCAAGCAAAGAGGCACUGAGUUUGAUGGUAGGCCUUGAAAUACAUCCACAGGUACACCUCCAAUUGACUCAAAUGAUGUCAAUUAGCCUAUCAGAAGCUUCUAAAGCCAUGAUUUUCUGGAAUUUUCCAAGCUGUUUAAAGGCUCAGUCAAUUUAGUGUAUGUAAACUUCUGACCCACUGGAAUUGUGAUACAGUGAAUUAUAAGUGAAAUAAUCUGUCUGUAAACAAUUGUUGGAAAAAUUACUUGUGUCAUGCACAAAGUAGAUGUCCUAACCGACUUGCCAAAACUAUAGUUUAUUAACAAGAAAUUUGUGGAGUGGUUGAAAAACGAGUUUUAAUGACUCCAACCUAAGUGUAUGUAAACUUCCGACUUAAACUGUAAGUAGAUCCUCAUGGUUCUAUUUUCUGAUAGAAUAGAGCUGAGCAGAACAUAAUAGAAUAACACACCAUAUAAUAGAACAGAGUAUAGUAUGUGCAUGCAGCUGUAAAGUAUAGUGUUCAUUUCAGCCACUGUAGCUGACUGUAACCCAAAGGAGACAAACAACAGUCUACAGCCAGAGUACUGCUGGGUUCUGAGAGCCACAGGGGAAACAAUUUAAUGUAAUUACUCUACUUCCCACUUUACUGUUGCAUUGCCUGGUGUAAACUGGGUAUGGAUAUUCAGUAUAUGAUAAUAUGUGGAUAUUUGUGUUGGUUCCGUGUGUGUGUGUGCGCAUGGCCUGGGUGGCUGACAGGUCAUAUAUUUAUUCAAGGUCAGCCUCUGCUACAGAUAAAGAUGGAGGUGUCUGGUAAGUGCUGGCACUGACUGGCGAUUUUGAUGCCAACGAGAGAGAGAGAGAGAGAGAGAGAGAGAUAGAGAGAGAGAGAGAGAGAGAGCGAGAGAGAGAGAGAGAGAGAGAGAGAGAGAGAGAGAGAGAGAGAGAGAGAGAGAGAGAGAGAGAGAGAGAGAGGAUAGAGAGAGAGAGAGAGAGAGAGAGAGAGAGCGCUCUCUCUCUCUCUCUUCCUCUCUCUCUCUCCUACUUCUCUUCUCCUCUCUCUCUCUCUCUCACUCUCCCUCCUCUAUCUCCUCUUCUCUCUCAUCCUCCUCUCUGCUCCCCCCCUCUUUUUUUAUCACUGUUUGUUAUAAAGACAGAUUAGUGCCUCACUGUGGUUAAUAGCCUGCACUCUUGUGUGCUGUUACUCAUAUUCUCUAACCAGGACGUUCUUUCUUUCCCUGUCGGUCUACCUCUCUCAUUCAAUCAUAGCGUGCUGAUUCAUCUGUACUUCUCUGAACUUCCCUGCUAAAUACUGAAUUAUUUCCACCCUGUUAAAGACUUAAUAACAACAGCUAUGAUGAUAAAGAAAAGAGACAGUGAUAUCAUUUCCUGUGAAGAUAAAUAAUAGAUAAUGACAAUGUCGUCAAUAUAGUGAAUGAUUCUAGAAGCCUGUCUAGUAGGCUCUAUCACAUUCUAAUUCCCCUCCCCUGACAUUUGCUAACUGCUAACUCAGCUAACAGCUAACUCAGCUAAUCCCCUUCUGCCCUUGCAGGAGGCAAUUACCCUGCUCUCUCUCACUCUCGCUCUCUCUUUCUCUCUCUCUCCAGGGUGAUGCAUGUACGCGUUCUCCACAGCUUUCUCUAUUAUGUCUGUGUGAAAUGUGACCCACCUAUUUAACUUCCCUUAGUUUCCUCCUCACUACACACACACACACACCCUGUCUCUGGCCCAAUUCCUACAAAGUCACACAGGAAAGACAACACAGGACAGUAUUGAGAAGGAAGGGACUGUAGCUGACAUUGAAGGGCAGUGUCCCAAUACUGUCUGUCAAUCCCAAACCUGAGGUCACAGUGUUCCAGUACUGUCUGUCAUACCAAACCUAAGGACGCAGUGUCCCAAUACUGUCGGUCAAUCCCAAACCACAGGAGCAGUGGGCCUGCUGAAAUGGUCCUCUGAAAUGGACACUUUCACACCCUCUGAAAUGGACACUUACUGUAGGUCAGUGAGAGGACAGGUCACAGAUUUGGUCUUUGUUAGAUUUGAUUUAUGUGUUUACAUUCCUACGAAUGUCAAAGGUCAAGACAGGUGCAAUGGUUGUUUUGAUGUUUGUCUGGAAGGCUGGACAUGCUUCCAGUAGAGAGAGAGAGAGAACAUCCCACCCCAGAUAGUGUCUCAGCCACAGUUGAUUGACAUUCACAGAUUAGAUAGUGUUAAAAUGUGGGGUAACUUGUUUGUCUGUUGCUUUGUAUGAUUUCUCCUAUCUGUUUAUCUGUCUGUCAUCCGUCUGUCUGUCUGCCCCACACUGUGGCAUCGGAUGAUGUGCAGAUGACCAAAAUAAAACCGCGAGGCGAGACAUUGGUUUAGCCUCAGCGCCUCAACAACAGACAAACAAUCUAAAAAUACAGGAAACAGGAAUUCAUAAUUAACACAAAAGCCUGACAACAGCCAACCCUCUACACCCAUGGGAGGACAUUUUGAUGAUUUGCUAGGCUCUUAUCACAUACAGUGCAUUCGGAAACUAUUCAGACCCCUUGACUACUUCCACAUUUUGUUACAGCCUUAUUCUAAAAUUGAUUAAAUUAUUUGUUUCCCUCAUCAAUCUAUACACAAUACCCCAUAAUAACAAAGCGAAAACAGGUUUUUAGAAAUGUUUGCAAAUGUAUUACAAAUAAAAAACAGAAAUACAUUAUUGACAUAAGUAUUCAGACACUUUGCUAUGAGACUCGAAAUUGAGCUCAGGUGCAUCCUGUUUCCAUUGAUCAUCCUUAAGAUGUUUCUACAACUUGAGUGGUUCACCUUCCAACAGGACAACGACCCUAAGCACACAGCCAAGACAACGCAGGAGUGGCUUCGGGACAAGUCUCUGAAUGUCCUUGAGUGGCCCAGCCAGAGCCCGGACAUGAACCCGAUCGAACAUCUCUGGAGAGACCUGAAAAUAGCUGUGCAGCGACGUUCCCCAUCCAACCUGACAGAGCUUGAGAGGAUCUGCAGAGAAGAAUGGGAGAAACUCUCCAAAAACUUGAGGCUGUAAUCACUGCCAAAGGUGCUUCAACAAAGUACUGAGUAAAGGGUCUGAAUACUUAUGUAAAUGUGAUAUUUAAUAAUUACAUUUUUUAAUACAUUUGCAAACAUUUUUAAAAACCUGUUCUUGCUUUGUCAUUAUGAGGGUAUUGUGUGUAGAUUGACGAGGGGGAAAAAAUAAUUUAAGCCAUUUUAGAAUAAGGCUAUAAUGUAACAAAAUGUGGAAACAGUCAAGGAGUCUGAAUACUUUCCAAAUGCGUUGUAAACUAUCAUGAAUGACAACAAUUGCUGUCUCGUUCAAAUCAAAUCAAAUUGUAUUUGCCACAUGCGCCGAAUACAACAGGUGUAGAACAUACAGUGAAAUGCUUACUUACAAGCCCUUAACAAACAAUGCAGUUUUUAAGAAAAUAAAAAAAGUGUUAAGUAAAAAAUAGCAAAUAAUUAAAGAGCAGCAGUAAAAUAAAAUAACAGUAGGGAGGCUAUAUACAGGUGGUACCGGUUCAGAGUCAAUGUGCGGGUGCACCGGUUAGUCGAGGUAAUAUGUACAUGUGGGUAGAGUUAAAGUGACUAUGCAUAAAUAAUAAACAGAGUAGUAGCAGCAUAAAAGAGGGAGUGGGGGGCAAUGCAAAUAGUCCGGGUAGCCAUGAUUAGCUGUUCAGGAGUCUUAUGGGUUGGGGGUAGAAGCUUUUAAGAAGCCUUUUGGACAUAGACUUGGCGCUCCGGUACCGCUUGCCGUGCGGUAGCAAAGAGAACAGUCUAUGACUAGGGUGGCUGGAGUCUUUGACAAUUUUUAGGGCCUUCCUCUGACACCGCCUGGUCCAGGAUGGCAGGAAGCUUGGCCCCAGUGAUGUACGCACUACCCUCUGUAGUGCCUUGCAGUCGGAGGCCGAGCAGUUGCCAUACCAGGCGGUGAUGCAACCAGUCAGGAUGCUCUUGAUGGUGCAGCUGUAUAACUUUUUGAGGAUCUGAGGACCCAUGCCAAAUCUUUUCAGUCUCCUGAGGGGGAAUAGGCUUUGUUUUGCCAUCUUCACGACUGUCUUGGUGUGUUUGGACCAUGAUAGUUUGUUGGUGAUGUGGACCCCAAGGAACUUGAACCGUUCAUCCUGUUCCACUACAGCCCCGUUGAUGAGAAUGGGGGUGUGCUCAGUCCUCUUUUUUCCCCUGUAGUCCACAAUCAUCUCCUUUGUCUUGAUCACGUUGAGGGAGAGGUUGUUAUCCUGGCACCACACGGCCAGGUCUCUGACCUCCUCCCUAUAGGCUGUCUCAUCGUUGUCGGUGAUUAGGCCUACCAGUGUUGUGUCGUCGGCAAACUUAAUGAUGGUGUUGGAGUCGUGCCUGGCCAUGGGUGAACAGGGAGUACAGGAGGGGACUGAGCACGCACCCCUGAGGGGCCCCCGUGUUGAGGAUCAGCGUGGCAGAUGUGUUGUUACCUACCCUUACCACCUGGCGGUGGCCCGUCAGGAAGUCCAGGAUCCAGUUGCAGCGGGAGGUGUUUAGUCCGAGGGUCCUUAGCUUAGUGAUGAGCUUUGAGGGCACUAUGCUGUUGAACGCUGAGCUAUAGUCAAUGAAUAGCAUUCUCACGUACAGUUGAAGUCGGAAGUUUACAUACAAUUACAGUGGGGAGAACAAGUAUUUGAUACACUGCCGAUUUUGCAGGUUUUCCUACUUACAAAGCAUGUAGAGAUCUGUAAUUGUUAUCAUAGGUACACUUCAACAGUGAGAGACGGAAUCUAAAACAAAAAUCCAGAAAAUCAAAUUGUAUGAUUUUUAAGUAAUACAUUUGCAUUUUAUUGCAUGACAUAAGUAUUUGAUCACCUACCAACCAGUAAGAAUUCCGGCUCUCACAGACCUGUUAGUUUUUCUUUAAGAAGCCCUCCUGUUCUCCACUCAUUACCUGUAUUAACUGCACCUGUUUGAACUCGUUACCUGUAUAAACGACACCUGUUCACACACUCAAUCAAACAGACUCCAACCUCUCCACAAUGGCCAAGACCAGAGAGCUGUGUAAGGACAUCAGGGAUAAAAUUGUAGACCUGCACAAGGCUGGGAUGGGCUACAGGACAAUAGGCAAGCAGCUUGGUGAGAAGGCAACAACUGUUGGCGCAAUUAUUAGAAAAUGGAAGAAGUUCAAGAUGACGGUCAAUCACCCUCGGUCUGGGGCUCCAUGCAAGAUCUCACCUCGUGGGGCAUGAAUGAUCAUGAGGAAGGUGAGGGAUCAGCCCAGAACUACACGGCAGGACCUGGUCAAUGACCUGAAGAGAGCUGGGACCACAGUCUCAAAGAAAACCAUUAGUAACACACUACGCCGUCAUGGAUUAAAAUCCUGCAGCGCACGCAAGGUCCCGCUGCUCAAGCCAGCGCAUGUCCAGGCCCGUCUGAAGUUUGCCAAUGACCAUCUGUAUGAUCCAGAGGAGGAAUGGGAGAAGGCCAUGUGGUCUGAUGAGACAAAAAUGAGUAUAACCCCAAGAACACCAUCCCAACCGUGAAGCAUGGAGGUGGAAACAUCAUUCUUUGGGGAUGCUUUUCUGCAAAGGGGACAGGACGACUGCACCGUAUUGAGGGGAGGAUGGAUGGGGCCAUGUAUCGCGAGAUCUUGGCCAACAACCUCCUUCCCUCAGUAAGAGCAUUGAAGAUGGGUCGUGGGUGGGUCUUCCAGCAAGACAACGACCCGAAACAAACAGCCAAGGCAACUAAGGAGUGGCUCCGUAAGAAGCAUCUCAAGGUCCUGGAGUGGCCUAGCCAGUCUCCAGACCUGAACCCAAUAGAACAUCUUUGGAGGGAGCUGAAAGUCCGUAUUGCCCAGCGACAGCCCCGAAACCUGAAGGAUCUGGAGAAGGUCUGUAUGGAGGAGUGGGCCAAAAUCCCUGCUGCAGUGUGUGCAAACCUGGUCAAGACCUACAGGAAACGUAUGAUCUCUGUAAUUGCAAACAAAGCUUUCUCUACCAAAUAUUAAGUUCUGCUUUUCUGAUGUAUCAAAUACUUAUGUCAUGCAAUAAAAUGCAAAUGAAUUACUUAAAAAUCAUACAAUGUGAUUUUCUGGAUUUUGGUUUUAGAUCCCGUCUCUUACAGUUGAAGUGUACCUAUGAUAAAAAUUACAGACCUCUACAUGCUUUGUAAGUAGGAAAACCUGCAAAAUCAGCAGUGUAUCAAAUACUUGUUCUCCCCACUGUAGGUUGGAGUCACUAAAACUCGUUUUUCAACCAUUCCACACAUUUCUUGUUAGGACAACUACGUAAUUUUUCCAACAAUCGUUUACAGACAGAUUAUUUCACUUAUGAUUCACUGUAUCACAAUUCCAGUGGGUCAGAAGUUUACAUACACUAAGUUGACUGUGCCUUUAAACAGCUUGGACAAUUCCAGGAAAUGAUGUCAUGGAUGUAGAAGCUUCUGAUAGGCUAAUUGACAUCAUUUGAGUCAAUUGGAGGUGUACCUGUGGAUGUGUUUCAAGGCCUACCUUCAAACUCAGUGCUUCUUUGCUUGACAUCAUGGGAAAAUCAAAAGAAAUCAGCCAAGACCUCAGAAAAAAAAUUGUAGACCUCCACAAGUCUGGUUCAUCCUUGGGAGCAAUUUCCAAACACCUGAAGGUACCACGUUCAUCUGUACAAAUAAUAGUAUGCAAGUAUAAACACCAUGGGACAACGCAGCUGUCAUACCGCUCAGGAAGGAGAUGCGUUCUGUCUCCUAGAGAUGAACGUACUUUGGUGCGAAAAGUGCAAAUCAAUCCCAGAAUAACAGCAAAGGACCCUGUGAAGAUGCUGGAGGAAACAGGUACAAAAGUAUCUAUAUCCACAGUAAAACGAGUCCUAUAUCGACAUAACCUGAAAGGCCGCUCAGUAAGGAAGAAGCCACUGCUCCAAAACCGCCAUAAAAAAGCCAGACUAUGGUUUGCAACUGCACAUGGGGACAAAGAUCUUACUUUUUGGAGAAAUGUCCUCAGGUCUGAUGAAACAAAAAUAGAACUGUUUGGCCAUGAUGACCAUCGUUAUGUUUGGAGAAAAAAGGGGGUUGCUUGCAAGCCGAAGAACACCAUCCCAACCGUGAAGCAUGGAGGUGGCAGAAUCAUGCUGUGGGGGUGCUUUGCUGCAGGAGGGACUGGUGCACUUCACAAAAUAGAUGGCAUCAUGAGGAAGGAAAAUUAUGUGGAUAUAUUGAAGCAACAUCUAAAGACAUCAGUCAGGAAGUUAAAGCUUGGUCGCAAAUGGGUCUUCCAAAUGGAAAAUGACCCCAAGCAUACUUCCAAAGUUGUGGCAAAAUGGCUUAAGGACAACAAAGUCAAGGUAUUGGAGUGGCCAUCACAAAGCCCUGACCUCAAUCCCAUAGAACAUUUGUGGGCAGAACUGAAAAAGCGUGUGCGAGCAAGGAAGCCUACAAACCUGACUCUGUUACACCAGCUCUGUCAGGAGGAAUGGGCCAAAAUUCACCCAACUUAUUGUGGGAAGCUUGUGGAAGGCUACCCGAAACGUUUGACCCAAGUUAAGCAAUUUAAAGGCAAUGCUACCAAAUACUAAUUGAGUGUAUGUAAACUUCUGACCCACUGGGAAUGUGAUGAAAUAAAUAAAAGCUGAAAUAAAUCAUUUUCUCUACUAUUAUUCUGACAUUUCACGUUCUUAAAAUAAAGUGGUGAUCCUAACUGACCUAAGACAAGGAAUUUCUACAAGGAUUAAAUGUCAGGAAUUGUGAAAAACUGAGUUUAAAUGUAUUUGGCUAAGGUGUAUGUAAACUUCCGACUUCAACUGUAGGUGUUAUUGUUGUCCAUGUGGGAGUGCAAUAAAGAUUGCAUAAUCUGUGGAUCCAUUGGGGUGGUAUGCAAAUUGGAGUGGGUCUGGUGUUUCUGGGAUAAUGGUGUUGAUGUGAGCCAUGACCAGCCUUUCAAAGAACUUCAUGGCUACAGACGUGAGUGCUACGGGUCGGUAGUCAUUUAGGCAGGUUAUCUUAGUGUUCUUGGGCACAGGGACUAUGGUGGUCUGCUUGAAACAUGUUGGUAUUACAGACUCAGUCAGGGACAUGUUGAAAAUGUCAGUGAAGACACUUGCCAGUUGGUCAGCGCAUGCUCGGAGUACACAUCCUGGUAAUCCGUCUGGCCCUGCGGCCUUGUGAAUGUUGACCUGCUUAAAAGUCUUGCUCACAUCGGCUACGGAGAGCAUGAUCACAUAGUCAUCCGGAACAGCUGAUGCUCUCAUGCAUGCUUCAGUGUUGCUUGCCUCGAAGCGAGCAUAGAAGUGAUUUAGCUCGUCUUGUAGGCUUGUGUCACUGGGCAGCUCGCGGCUGUGCUUCAUGGCUGCCUUUCCUCGCCUCCUUCCCUGAUCUCUUUAUUGCCACUAUAUUUGCUUUAAACUUUAAUUUUCUGUCGUCCAGGUCCUGAGGCAGCAAAGCAUCCCCAAACCAUCACACCACCACCACCAUGCUUGACCUUUGGUAUGAUGUUCUUACUGUGGAAUGCAGUGUUUGGUUUUCGCCAGGCAUAAUGGGACCCAUCUCGUCCAAAAAGUUGACUCAAGUUUGUCAAAAAGCACCUGGAUGAUCAUCAAGACUCUUGGAAGAACGUUCUAUGGACAGAUGAUUCAAAAUUAUAACUUUUUGGACGACAUGGUUCCAGUAAUGCCUGGCGGAAACCAAACGUCUGUUUCCCUUCUCAAUAGGGCAUCUACGUUUCCAUGCUUCGCCCCUGACCUGUGCACAACAGAAAAAGAGAAGCGUUGAAGGGACAAGAACCACCUGGUGACCUGAUCGUUUGUGUCUUCCCCUGGCCAGGGGAAACCAGGGGAGCAUGGUCCGUGACCAGGGUGAAGUGGGUACCUAACAGGUAGUACUUGAGAGUGUCUAGCGCCCACUUCACCGCCAGACACUCUUUCUUAACAAUUGAGUAUAUUUUUUCUCUCUGUAUCAGCUUUCGGCUGAUGUACAUGAUGGGGUGCUCCUCCGGAUGGGAGCACAGCGCUUCCUUCAGAUGGCUGAACGCCGCUUCUGUCUCGUCCGUCCAUUUCACUGUUUUCGGGAGGCGGGCCCUGGUUAGAUCGGUAAGGGGGGAAGCUAUAGCCGCAAAGUUGGGGAUAAACCGGCUAUAGUAUCCUGCCAGUCUCAGGAAGGACGUGACCUGUGUCUUGGUGCGUGGAACGGGCCAGUCACGUACCGCAUGAACCUUCCUCUCCUGGGGCUUGACAUUCCCCCGUCCGAUCAAAUACCCCAGGUGCCAUCUCCAAAUUGUUAAAUUAUCAGAGAUUAGACAAGAACGGCACCGCUUGUCCAUAGGAGGCUUUAGAACUUUCAAGAACGUUCUGUUUGCACUCGUCAGUAUUGGAGGUCACUGACAUCAUGCGAGUUGCUAUGACGCUAUUUUUCCUUUAACAUUACUUAGGCAUGGUCCCCCUUCCCCUCCAAGAUCUGUGGCUGUCUGCCUGAAAGCAUUCAGUGUCAAUUAAUUUCAAUUGAACAUUUUUGUUGUUAGCAACCAGCAUAAUUGACCCAGGGGUUCCCCCCUAGGAAAAUAAUCAAGGAGAAACACUGCUGUGUGCCAUCAGUGUUACUGCCUGUGAUGUCAUAGGUGUUCCGACCGUUGGUGUCACUGCACAGUCAUCAACAUUGCGUUGGUGUUGCAUGCCGCUGGGUUCAGAAUCCUGCCUGUACGAAGUGUACAUAUAUGCACAGCAGUUUCAUAUGAGCAGUGUUUCUGCUGCAUUCAUUUAGCUGUGGAACUGCGCCAUGGCAAAAUCAUUGCCCCCACUGCAAUCUUUUUAAAUAUAAUAUAUUUUUUUACAUCAUAGUAUUCCUACCAAACAAACAGUACUUUCGAUAAUCUGUCUGUGUACAGCACCGCUCUAAAUGUUAUUUAGCUCUGUUUGGGUACAACACCGUUCUAAAGGUUAUUUAGCUCUUUGUGCCACUCUGGCAGCCAAACCUGCCUGCGCACGAAAACACAGUGCACUGUCCUCGAGACAGAGUGCUAGUCAGACUCAGAGAGACAGCAAGCCAGUCACUGAUACGGAAUACAUAUUAGGAACUUUGUAAUUCCUUCUCCUCAGACCUUACCCCUCACCUAGUCAAGUCUCAACACUGCACUAGUCAAGUAUCACCCAACCACCUCAACGCUCCUCCCUCCCCCUCAACCCCCAGUUGCAAUGUUGUAGUUUUAAAGCUAAUUUCCUGUCAUUCUAAACAUUUAGCAUUUUGCCAUGGCUUACGACGUGUUCAUAUGCUAGGCAGCUUUAGGGGGCCCCGUGAACACCCUCCCCCCACUGCUACUAACAUUUCCAGAGGAAACACUCCAUGUGAGCAACAGUGGGAAAACGGGGCUGUGUUCCUUUUCUUUCCUCUUGAUACACCAUGAUACUGGCUGACUGUCCACAUAGUUUGCAGAACUGGGGCUGGUCGUUGGGAGGUGAGGGUGUUGUUGGCUUGGCUCCACUGUUCCAUUGGAGACAACACCUUCUUUGUUGAUGGAUCAAUGUCCACCAGCCUUAUACCUCAGCCCCAACCUCACCCCCCAACCUCAUCCCCCAGCCCCAACCUCAUCCCACAGCUUAAUGCCCCAACCCCAGGCUUGUACCACUGCCUCAGCCUUAUAGUAAGUCUAACCCAGUCAUUCCUUAGCUAUGUACCCCAAAAUUAUCCUCAUCCUUAUAGCCCAGUCUAGCCUCUGUCCCACUCUGCUGUUCCUGCCACUGCACUCACUGCGCUGGGCUAAUGGAGAAACAUCAGAGAGGCACUUUACCCCAGUCAUCAUUUCAGGGACUCAUGGAGACCAUCUCAAGGGCUGGAAAACAGCUAAAGUGAGGGGCAAAGUGGCCCUGUAAUCAGCUCCAGGACCACAGAGUCAUCAACUGUGAAUUUCCAUUUGAUUCUACAGCAACUGAGCUGCGUGAGUGUGUGUAGUUGUGUGUGUGUAAUUUAUUCAUUUUCUCUGAUGUCUCCCAUCACAGGCCAUACAGCAUAUCUAAAUUACCCUUUAGAUUUAGCUGGCCUUGCUCCUGGCUGACUUUGUCCCUGACUAAGUCAUUUACUGUGGAGAGUCUAUGGUAACUGGAACAGAGGCAGAGAGUAUUAAAUACUCUCUUCCUCUGUGCCAAUCUGCCUGCUAGCUCUCUGACUCAGCACGAGAGCUAGCAGGCAGAUGGAGGGUUACAGUAAAAACAAUGUGGGCUGCAAGUACUGUAUGAAAGGUGAUCAAUAAAAUGUCCUCUUGUUACAGUGUUUUAUUAUAGUGUUGUUGAGGACAGGGAGAACAGAGAUAAAUGGCAGGGGAAGAGAGAAAAGGCAAGUGGAGAGAGAAGGAGAGGGAUAAGGAGCGGGUGGAUGUUUAGAGAAGAGAGGGAGAGAGAAGUGGCAGAAAGAGGGUGGUGAAUGGAUACAGUGUGAGGUCAAAAUGACCUUGCUCCUCUCCAGAGUAAAUCUGAUUAUGAUCCCAACACGGUCUGGACAGAUAGAAUAUCACUGAGAUAAGGCAGAGAUCAGGUUUCAGACUGAAUCGAUAUGAAACUCAAUGUCAGCAAGACAUUGUCGACCUCAGCAAUGCCCAAUAUGAUACGCUUGUCACGAUCGUCGACAGAUGAAGCAGACCAAGGCGCAGCGUGAUAAGCGUACAUUCUUUAUUUGUGUACACACACGAACCAAAACAAUAAACCAAACGAUACGUGAAGUCCUAGGUUAAACACAAAACCCUACGGAACAAGAUCUCACAAAAUACUAGUGCCAAACAGGCUGCCUAAGUAUGGUCCCCAAUCAGAGACAUCGAGCUACAGCUGUCUCUGAUUGGGAACCACCCUGGCCAACAUAGAUAUAAAUGAUCUAGAACAAAAGCAUAGAAAAUGUAACAGAAACUCCACACCCUGGCUCAACAUUUAAGAGUCCCCCGAGCCAGGGCGUGACAGUACCCCCCCCCCCAAAGGCGCGGACUGCGACCGCGCCACACCAACACAACGGGGUAGGGGCCGUGUGGGCAUUCGGCUCCGGGCGUGACCACCACUCUCUCUCUACCCCCCCGUAGCGCCUCUGGUCUGGCCCCGCUGGCCGGAGCUGGACUGGACACCGGUGGAGCGGAUUGCUCUGGCUCCGGUGUGGAGCAGCUGACCGGUGCCGGACCAGGCACCGGUGGAACAGGCACGGACCGUGCCGGACUGACGAUGCGUACCACUGGCUUGGUGCGGGGAGCAGGAACGGGCCGGACCGGGCUGACGACCCGCACCACUGGCUUGGUGCGGGGAGCAGGAACGGGCCGGACCGGGCUGGCGACGCGCACCAUUGGCUUGGUGCGAGGGGCAGGAACGGGCCGGACCGGGCUGACGACGCGCACCAUUGGCUUGGUGCAGGGAGCAGGAACAGGCCGGACCGGGCUGGCGACGCGCACCACAGGCUUGGUGCGGGGAGCAGGAACAGGCCGGACCGGGCUGGCGACGCGCACCACAGGCUUGGUGCGGGGAGCAGGAACAGGCCGGACCGGGCUGACGACGCGCACCACAGGCUUGGUGCGAGGGACAGGAACAGGCCGGGCUGGACUGUGGAGACGGACUGGAGGUCUGGAGCGGAGAGCUGACACAACCCGUCCUGGCUGAAUGCCUAUUUCCACACAAUCUGUGUGAGGCAUCAGCACAGGACGUACAGGGCUGUGCACUCGUACUGGCACUACAGCACGUGGCACUGGCGCAGGAUAUCCGGGACCGAGGAGGGGUACUGGAGGCCACGAGCGUUGAGCCGGCACACUCCGUCCUGGCUGCAUGCCCACCUUAGCACGACACGUGCGUGGUGCUAGCACAGGACGUACAGGACUGUGCCGGAACACUCGCGGCACAGUACGUGGCUCCGCAUAACACGGAACCUGCCCAGUCUCACGCUGCCUAGCCUGAGUACGGGGAGUUGGCUCUGCUCUACCUCUAGGCUCCGCCAACCACCCUUCCAGCCCCCCAAACCUGGUGGCCUCCUCUCCUAGUCCGCCGAUUCGCCCUGUAGCUGCCUCCAGCAGCCCCGUCGUCCACGCCGUGUGCCCCCCUCAAAGAAAAAUUACUUGGGGUUGCCUAGAUAUAAACGAUCUAGAACAAAAGCAUAGAAAAUGUAACAGAAACUCCACACCCUGGCUCAACAUUUAAGUGUCCCCCGAGCCAGGGCGUGACAACGCUGUUGGGUUGAGACCAUUAUGGGAUUUUGUAUCAUAAUAACUCAGUGAUAACUGCAUCACAAUAUCUGUUUUAUCAGUAUGAAAAAUAUAUGCACUCACUAACUGUAAGUCGCUCUGUAUAAGAGCGUCUGCUAAAUGACUAAAAUGUAAAAUGUAAAUCAUGAUAAUUGAAUUCUUAUGAGACAGUAAAGGUUAUUUUUGAUUGAAUGUAAAUGUUGAGAUCACGCAGGAACACGCUGUGUAGUUGACAGCGUGUUGUGUUGUUGUGUGUAGUUGUGUAACUGUGUGUUGUGUUCUUCUGUUGCAGCACUGGACGGUGUUUACAGAGGUGACAGAGGUCUUCAUCCUGGUCCCUGCGCUGCUGGGGUUAAAGGGCAACCUGGAGAUGACACUGGCCUCCAGACUGUCCACAGCGGUGAGUGUGCGUGUGUAGGUGCUUGUGUGGACAUGUAUGCUUGUGUGCGUGUGUGUGUGGGGUGUGUUCGCAUUCAGUUAUUUCUCUACAUCAGGAGGAAGAGAGUGGAACUCUAGAAACCAUAGUGUUUGCAUAAUAUUCCAGUCAGAUAAAUCAGUAUAACCAGUGGUGGAAAAAGUACCCAAUUGUCAUACUUGAGUAAAAGUAAAGAUACCUUAAUAGAAAAUUACUUAAGUAAAAGUGAAAGUCAGCCAGUAAAAUACUACUUGAGUAAAAGUCUAAAAGUAUUUGGUUUUAAAUAUACUUAAGUAUCACAAGUAAAUGUAAUUGCUAAAAUAUACUUAAGUAGUAAAAGUAUAAAUCAUUUCAAAUUCCCUAUAUUAAGCAAACCAGACAGCACCAUUUUCUAGUUUUUUUAAUUUACGGAUAGCCAUGGGAAAACUCCAACACUCAGACAUAAUUUACAAACGAAGCAUGUGUGUUUAGUGAGUCCGUCAGAUCAGAGGCAGUAGGGAUGACCAGGGAUGUUCUCUUGAGAAGUGCAUGAAUUGGACCAUAUUGCUGUCCUGCUAGCCAUUCAAAAUGUAACAAGUACUUUUGGGUUGCAGGGAAAAUGUAUGGAGUAAAAAGUACAUUUAUUUUCUUUAGGAAUGUAGUGAAGUAAAAGUAAAAGUUGUCAAAAAUAUAAAUAGUAAAGUAAAUUACAGAUACCCCCAAAAACUACUUAAGUAGUACUUUAAAGUAUUUUUACUUAAGUACUUUACACCACUGAGUAUGACUAAUAUCAACAUGAUCAGCCUGUUGGAGCACAAUAGAGAGUUUGACUGAUGAGAGGCCUGCAGGUGGGCUACAGGUGAACAAACACUAAUCACAGGUGUCUUAAAGCAGCAAUCAGCAGUUGAAACAACAACAAAGUACGCUGCCCACCACUGUUUUGGUAUAAAGUGGGGGGAUGGGGCUUGAGAAAUGUAACCACUCUCAAAUUCAAAGACAGAGCUAUGGAUGCAAGAGCUGACCAUCCAUGAUAUCAGUUUUAACCAUGUAUUUUAUGCUAUACAGUGUUUGUUUACAUUUACUUUCUUUACAAACAUUGUAGUAAAACAAGCUCAUAUUUUGGUUUCUGAUGGGGUACGACAGAUGAACUAAGCUCAUGAGGCAUUUAUAAGUAAUAUUCUUCAAGAAUCAAUGGGAACAUAUCAUUAAUUUAUGUCCAAAAAUGGAUGUAGCAACUGCUGAUUGCCCUUUUAACUCACACUCACCUCAGUGUAUGAAGGGGCUUUGUCUUAGUUAUCAUGGAAACAUUCAGCGUAAACUUGAUGAAACCAGAUGAGAGAGAGUUUAGUUUGAUGUUUCCAGAAGUAAAGUAAGUAAUUAAAGUAGCCUUUGGCUAGUGCGAGCCGAAACAGCUCAUAGGAGCAGGAGCCUAUCUCCUGUUUCUGUAGCGUGAGGCAGCUUGAUGUACAAGUACACCCCCUGGAUGGUACAGAUGUUGGAUCUUAAGUUGAUUACUCUUUUGUCGCAGAGAAUUUUCCUGAUGCACCAGGAAAUUCAAAUGAUCCUCGUGAGUGGCUGAAAAUGAGCAGUUCUCUUUCUGUCCAUGCGGGGGGCAGUCGAGUCAUUGGGAUCAGGGCUUGCUAUCAAAAUAAUGUUAUCUCUGACUUGCUCAAAUGCUAGGCCUAGGUCCUACUACUGCAAACAUUCAAAUGUACAAAAAUGUAUCUGAAAUGCAACCAUACACAUCAACAACCGUCGUUUUAUAUAGCUUAAUAACACAAGAUAGAUAUUGGUCUCCGCUAGGCUACUACAUACAAGUGUCUAGCAACCGGUGCCCCCGCACAUUGACUCGGUACCGGUACCCCCUGUAUAUAGCCUCGCUAUUGUCAUUUUUACUGCUGCGCUUUAAUUAUUUGUUACUUUUAUUUGGUAUUAUUUUAUAUUGUAUUUUUGUGUGAUUUUUCUUUUGGUAUUCUUUCUUAAAACUGCAUUGUUGGUUAAGGGCUUGUAAGUAAGCAUUUCACUGUAAGGUGAAUACCUGUUGUAUUCGGCGCAUGUGACAAAUACAAUUUGAUUUGAUUUGUAGGGGUAUUCAACUCUUACCCUAUGAGGUCCAGAGCCUGCUGGUUGUCUGUUCUACCUGAUAAUGAAUUGCAUACACCUGGCGUCCCAGGUCUAAAUCAGUGCCUGAAUAGAGGGGAACAAUGAAAAAAUGCAGUGGAACUGGCUUCGAGGUCCAGAGUAGAAUUUGAGGGGUCUAGUGUAUCCUAAGGUGAAUGAACUGUCAAGAUUUUGUUCAAUCGUGUCCUGGGGUGGUCUAGCAGUUUGGGCCGCUGCCUUCAGCGCACACACAUAAGCCUACAUUCUCGGCCCACGCCCUUUUGGCACAAGAAACUCAAUCCCCUGAUUGACUUGAUGUAGUUAUACAUUUCAAAUAUGGACAGUCCAUGGUUAUUUUACCCCCAAUCUUGAUUUUUUUUAUGACCGUACCAGACACUUGUAUAACAUAAAUAGGAAACAAAUAAAGUAAUAAGUCAGUAGGCUACACCAACAUUAGUUUCCAUUCAUACAAGUGUCGGGUAGAUUGCCACAGUAGAUUUGCUGUGGUAAACAAGGAAAUACUUUAUUUCUAUUGUACGGAACGCCUGUCAAAUAGAUAAAUCGCCCUUAGUCUGUUCAAAAUGGACUAAGUUGUUGCGAUGAAAAUACCAACUAGAGGGCGAACAUUAAAGACUUUUGUUGCAAGCAGGACACCGACAUCAUCUUUUAGAGAGCGGAAAUGAGGUCACCAAUAAUGGUUGCAAUUCAGAUCAGCUGUGCGGGUGAAUUUAGUGUAUAUUGAUGGUUUAACGAGACAUCAGUUGCCGAUUAUAAGGCUGCUGCCUUUUGAGGCAGAAUUUCUAGGCAGGACGUCAAAAUUGGCAUGUCCCAAUCCUCUGUCAAGGCGUCAGUGUAAUGCGGUAGGCGAAGUCAGGCGCAGGACACAGAGCUAAUCAGAAGGCGUACUUUACUCGAAGGUAAAAGAAAGAACAACAACCUCCACGCAGGGAGGGAACAAACCCGCACACUAACGACAGCCGAAACAUGAACAAACACACACAACACACAGUGUGAGACAGAGGGUUAAAUAGGGAAGACAUCACUACAUAAUGGGAAACAGGUGUGACCAAUAAAGACAGAACAAGUCGAACAUAGAUACAUGGAUCGGUAGCGGCUAGUACUCCGGUGACAACGAACGCCGAAGCCUGCCCGAGCAAGGAGGAGGGUCAGCCUCGGCUGAAUCCGUGACAUCCCAUGUAUCCUUCGCCGGGUAGGCUAUCCCAUAACACCUUGCGGCGCAGUGAAAAUUUAACACAAAAAUCUGAAUGAAUGGCAGACAGAAGUCACCGCUUGGGAUAACAUUUUCCAGAAGAAUAAGGAACAACUUCAAAAUGUAAGUAUAACGUUUGUUUAUUAACCAGAUUAUGUUAAAAUUUUCAACAAAUUACUUUCAGAUGAAUUUUGAAUUCAAAUAUUGAGUAACUGGUGUUUAUCAGCCCAUUGCCAAGCUAGCUAACACGUCGGAUUCGAUAGCUAGCUAGCAGGCGAUUUCAUCCUGCUUAUCGGCUGUUUAGAGAUGAACAACUAAACUAACUAAUCAUAGAUUCAGCAAUGUGUCAAUUGUGAAGACCCAUGCAGUUUUAAAAUCAUGAAAUGAUGAACUUGCUAGCCAGCUGAAGCAAAUAGUUUUUUUCCCCAUUUGUUUUCAGGGACUAAAGUGGGGACCUGAUCGCGUUUCACAUCAUUGCAUUGGCUUGGCAGGAGAAAACAGUCCUGCCGAUUCGUUUGGAGGUAAGACAUUUUAACAACAUCUGAUGAAAAAUUUAGGAAAUGCAGCCAGUUGUGUCCUGUUCAAUCUAGGCUUACUAGCCAGCCAAGUUAUUUGUGCAUUCUGUUUUGCUAACUAGCUGCAUGCAGUGUCUGUUUACCUAUCUAAUGUUAGCUAACUUUCUCUUGCCACUUUCCCUUCCCCUAUUGUGUUGCACUAUUGGGGUUGGUGUUACUAAUUAAAAUUAGAGGCUAAGUUAUUCUACUGUUACUGUAAACAACUUGACCAAGCCUGAGAAAAUAUGCAAAACUGUUAACAAAACGAUUGCACAUUAAUAAGUAAUUCCUAAGUGAGGGACAUUGUUGUGGCUUCAGCAACUUUUUAUUUUUAAUUUUUUUAUUUCACCUUUAUUUAACCAGGUAAACAGAACAUAUAUAUACACUGUGUGUGAAUGUAGUAAGUUAUGGAGGUAAGGCAAUAAAUAAAUGGGGCAUAGUGCAAAAAUAGUUACAAUUUCGUAAUUAACACUGGAAUGAUAGAUGUGCAAAAGAUGAUGUGCAAAUAGAGAAACUGGGGUGCAAAUUAGCAAAAUAAACAACAACUUGAACCAGCACUGAAAUUUGAGCAAUGAGGUUAAUUUCUCCCCCCUUGUGUCUGCUUGUUCCAGGUUGAAGGACAUCUCACGCUGACACCCUGCAGAUGAACCUCUCAGCCACCAGGAAAAUCACCAUAUCCCAGGAUAUUAUUCAGGACAUUGUAACUUAUGAAGCUCAUUCUAAAAUACAGAUGUGAUUUCUGUCCCAAGGGAUUGCACUGUGUGCAAGUCUUCAAUUUAGACCACAAUUAGUUGAAUUAGGUGUUAGUGAAGGGCUGGAACAAAAACCUGUAAACUCCUGUCCUGUCUAUAAAAACAAAAAUGUGUCUUUCAUGAUUAAAUUUGCGCUCAGGUACUAAACAAGCUUAUGACUGUUGGAGGUUAAUCUCCUUGAAAUGUCCCUCACUUGGGAAUUACUUAUUUUGUACAAUGGACUGUGUUUAAGGACUCAUGCUCAGAUAUAUAUAUAUAUAUAUAUAUAUAUUUUGUAUGUAUUCAAAAUUACAAAUGUUGAUGUCUCCACAUGUUUCUGGUUUUGAGGCUUGGGCAUCUGGUGACUGCAGUUUAUCUGUCUAAUCCUAUGCAAGGAGAGAGAAAGGCAUCAAUAUUACAAUGCUGUAUUAAUUUAAUUGAAUAGAUACUCAGUUUAUUAGGUACACCUAGCAAUGGGUCGGACCCCCCUUUGCCUCCAGAACAGCCUGAUUCUUCAGUAUCAAGGGACCUAACGUGUACCAGGAAAACAUUCACCACACCAUUACACCUCUGCCACCAGCCUGUGCCGUUGACACCAGGCAGGAUGGGGCCAUGGACUCCUGUGGACUCCUGCUGCUUACGCCAAAUCUUCAGUUUUUUGUUUGUCGCACCAUUCUCGGUAAACCCUAGAAACUGUCGUGCGUGAAAAGCCCCUGAGGCCGGCCAUUGCUACUGGAACCCACGCGCCUGGCACCGACGAUCACACCACGCUCAAAGUCGCUUAGGUCACUCGUUUUGCCCAUGUUAAGUUAAAUCAAAACAGUAAUUGAAUGCCUGUCUGCCCCCUUUAUAUACCAAGCCAAGGCCACGUGGCGAACCAUUUUCGUGAACGGGAUGGUGUACCUAAUACACUGGCCACUAAGUGUAUAUUCCUGUUUGAUUUGCAUUUAUAUAAUUAUAUUGGACAUGUUAACCUUUAUCACAUGCCAGUAUUUGUUUUGCAUCCAAUGCAUUUAGCUUACAUUAGGAUGAAGUUACAUUAGGAUGAAGUAUCCUAGGCCUUCUAAUCUAGUUAGAUUGCUUCAUAUCAACUUUCAAUAUUAGUUAUCAACAAAUAUAAAACCAUGUUAUCGUAAACAUCAGUGCCAUUUAAUAAUAUGCACGGGUGUGAUAGUUGUGUGAAUUAAUCAAAAUGCAAGCCUACUCAUUAGAAAAAACUGCAGCUCUAAUGCAAUAUUAGUUUCACAGUGAAACACCACUAUUCUGGCUAUUAAUCAUUCUUAAACAAUCAGAUAAAUAGCCUAUUUCGCUAUCACAAUGAAUCAUAGCCAGUAUGAUAUCAUGCAUGCAAGCCUGUCAUGUCCACAACGAUGGAGCAGCAGACCAAGCAAUAUGCGAGAGGAGGACCCUAUACCGUAGGAUAAUUAAUCUGGUCGGUGUCAACUUAAUUCAUUAACAGGUACUGAGGAGAUCGAUUCUGUUACUUGUUUACUUGUUAUUCGUGUCAGAUAUUUCCAUUUUGGGAUAGUUGUUCACUGAAUUGCUAGCACUAGUUGCUCACGCUGCUACAGUGGCUACUUUGUGGCGCUCUGUGGAAUGUGAAUGCAUUAUAAUGUGAUGCUGCCUUCGAAUCCCAUCCCUAAUGGAACUAACCUACUGGAAAAAUGCUACCUACUGGUGCCUUUGGAGGCAAGCAGGCAGCUAGCUGCCUUUUGGAUUGGUUAAAUAAUAACAGUGUGUGUUUGAGUUUGGUGUAGUUUUCCACUAAUCAGUUUGGACACCUGUAUACCUGUCUCCUCUCCAGACGUAACAACGUCUGGCUGAUUGUGUCAAAGCAAAAAUAUUUAUGUUUCUCACAGACAGGCUGAACUUCUCAUACCUACACUACAUCAACAACAACACUUACCAACCUAACAACCAAAGUGUUGUUUGCAAUUUAUCUCCAGACUUUAGUCAAUGGAGUUUUGAAUUGUAUGUGUCUGGUUUUGUAAGACCAUUAACUGGCUAACUGGCCCAGAUUCCAGCUCUCACACCUAAUUUCUGUAACUUUGCUCAAAGUUUAACCAAAAGCCUGGGACUGUUGUACCUGACACCAGUCAAGUGUUUACAUCUCUAUCAGGCUCUUAGCUCAUGAGCUAACACCCAGCUAACAACACCAAUGCGCUAACACACCAACACAACACUAUUGUCCAUUGUAGGCUGCAGGCAGAGGGGUGAUUGACCUAGACGUGGCACACUGGUGUGACUAAAAGGAGGGGCUAGCUAGCCUCCUACACUCUUAGAAAAGAAGGUGCUAUGUAGAACCUUAAAUGGUUAUUUGGCUGUCCCAAUAGGAGAACCCAGGGCUGGUUCCAGGCAUAAGCAACAUAAGCUGUCGCUUAAGGCCCCCGACCGCUAGGGGGGCCCUGACCCAAAAUAUUAUAUUUAAAUAAGGGGGGGGGGGACUCAAUCGGGAUCUCAACUUACUAUUGAGAGCAAGAAUAGUAGAAUACACCAGGUGCAAUUUAAAAAUGUGGUUGUGCAUCAGCAGUUUUUCUCUUGUUAUAUCAGUCACUGACAGUCAAUCAAUUAGUCAUGUCAGCUAACAAUUCUUAGAUUGGUAGUUAGGCCCUAUUCCCACUACGAGAGAUGGAGAGUCUGAGGAGCAGUGUAGCGAAAGAGAUAUCUACUUUUCAAUUCACAUUACAUCAUUGCCUUACCUUUCGUUGUGGCUGGCAAUGCAACAUUCUUGGUCUGCAGCUCAAAUUGACCGUAAAUAUCACAGUAGCCACUAGCCAGUAAGCACAAACUAUUUAACAAUCUGAGCAACUUUUCUUCUAAAACAUAUUGCACUAUUGAAUAAUGCAAACAAACCAUAUUACACUCUUGAAUAUUUUAAUGAUUCACAAGCAUGUGCAGACAGUUAAAGGGUUUAUUUUCUUGUCCGUACACAUUUAAAUUAGCUGACAAUACACAGCCAAAACUAGCUAACAACAUGCUUCAUGAUCAAGUAACAAUAAUGAACGUUUACCCCUCCCAUACAAAUAUAAAAGCACAGUAACGUUAUCAUACAGUGUUCUUCAUGUUAUAAUAUAGGCUACACGGCUAGGUAAUGUUAGCUAGCAAGCUAGCCCAAUAAUGGACUAAAGGAGCCUAACAUUAUUCCUUAUAGUCCAAUGACCUUACAUGUUCUGUUUAAAGGCAAAUUGGUUCUGGAAGCCAAAACAGCCAAAUACUCCAUCUAAACGUGAAUCGAUUCUCAAUUGCAGUACGGUUCUAGAAACAUUUUUUAUUUAUCUAGGCAAGUCAGUUAAGAACACAUUCUUAUUUACAAUGACGGCCUACACCGGCCAAACACGGACGACGCUGGGCCAAUUGUGCACCGCCCUAUGGAACUCCCAAUCACGGCCGGUUGUGAUACAGCCUGGAAUCGAACCAGGGGGUCUGUAGUGACGCCUCAAGCACUGAGAUGCAGUGCCUUAGACCGCUGCGCCACUCAGGAGCCCAUAAACAUAACUCCCUCUACUUUCAUAUCACAUCAAAAUAAUUGUACUAAUGCAAAAUACACACUUACUGUACACUGUUUCAACCUGUUUUAACACAGUUGCAGCCAACAGUAUUUUUCAGUGGCAACACGUUUGUGGCUUCCGUCUUCUGUUUACACACAGGUGUUAGGAGACGCAGAUAGCUUAUUAGCACAGGGGGACAGCCGAAGAACCCUUUUCAAACCCUUUUUUCUAAGAGUGUAUUCCUGGAACUAUGUGGUAACUAAAAUAAUUAGCUCACUGCUGCUCUUAAGCACACCAAUCCACACAUUCCUUCCAUUGGCUUGUGGGAAAACAGCUUAACAAACACAGCAGAAUGUGAUAAGCUUUGCCAGUUUUUUCCUGUCCUGACUAAUGACCUGUGAUGCAGGUGAAUUGAGUGUAGGGCGCCCAGAUAUUGCUGUGGUGGGUAACCCCCAUUCCAGGACUGGAAGGAGGAAGGAUGGAUGCAUUUUUUAUGUAACAAAGUCUAACUUUAUUGCUUUCCUUGCUGUUGCGACUUGGUGGAAGCCAGGUGACUUGAGUGUGUAUGAUCUGGCAGAUGAACUGUGUAUGUAAUUUGUUUGGUGUGACAUUAGCCUACUCCCUUUCCGCCUAGAGUUAUUAUCUUGGAUCUUGGCUGGCUCCAGUCGGCCACGUUUCUUUCCAUGGAAUUACUAAUUAUCAACAGAUUAAGACCACUGUAAGUUUCCUAAUGCGCUUAUCAAAGAAAAAAGAGUUGAUCCCAGGGGCUGAGGCAGAAUGCCAUACACAUGACCACAUCUCCGUCUUCUUUCUUAUUUUGGUCUGCUGAAAAUGGUUGUCUUUGUUUAGGGGUUGAGGGUAAUCCGGGCUAAGAUCACUCUCUCUCAAUUCAAUUCAAUUCAAUUUCAAUUUAAGGGCUUUAUUGGCAUGGGAAACGUAAGUUAACAUUGCCAAAGCAAGUGAAGUAGAUAGUAAACAAAAGUGAAAUAAACAAUAAAUAUUAACAGUAAACAUUACACUCAGACGUUCCAAAAGAAUAAAGACAUUUCAAAUGUCAUAUUAUGUAUAUAUACAGUGUUGUAACAAUGUGCAAAUAGUUAAAGUACAAAUGGGAAAAUAAAUAAACAUAAAUAUGGGUUGUAUUUACAAUGGUGUUUGUUCUUCACUGGUUGCCCUUUUCUUGUGGCAACAGGUCACAAAUCUUGCAGCUGUGAUGGCACACUGUGGUUUUUCACCCAGUAGAUAAGGGAGUUUAUCAAAAUUGGGUUUGUUUUCGAAUUCUUUGUGGAUCGCUGUAAUCUGAGGGAAAUAUGUGUCUCUAAUAUGGUCAUACAUUUGGCAGGAGGUUAGGAAGUGCAGCUCAGUUUCCACCUCAUUUUGUGGGCAGUGUGCACAUAGCCUGUCUUCUCUUGAGAGCCAGGUCUGCCUACGGCAGCCUUUCUCAAUAGCAAGGCAAUGCUCACUGAGUCUGUACAUAGUCAAAGCUUUCUCUUCUCUCUCUCUCUCUCUCUCUCUCUCUCUCUCUCUCUCUCUCUCUCUCUCUCUCUCUCUCUCUCUCUCUCUCUCUCUCUCUCUCUCUCUUUCUUCUCUCACCUUUCUCCUUUCUACAAACAGUUGUUUUUGUAACUCUCUGUGAUCCUUGUGUUUGAGCCUAUUUGACUAUUGGAAUAAUCAUAUUUAGUGGAUGACUGCAGUCAGGCAUUACUGCAUUAGCUACCACAUAGUGUCAAGAGCCAGCUUACUGUAGGCUACUCCCUGGCAUACAUUAUUUGCAUGGUUUAAUGUAAAUGUUCAUAAUAAUCAUCAUAUCUGCUAUUCCUGCUCUCUUUCUCUCUAAGCCUAAAAGAGGGAUGAGUGCUAGGCUAAGAAAAAGUUAGCGGGGGGUAGCUAGCUAUCGUAAUUUACUGUCACACACUAAACCCUUAGAGAUAGCUACACACUGCCUUAUCUCACCACCAGCUCAUAGCCUUCAACAUCAGGGAAAACACACAUACACCAACAGAAAAACAACCAAGGCUAAAGCCUACGUGACAUUGUGGCCUAUUCUGGCAGAGCCCUUGCUGCCGUCAUCACACGCCAUCAGUGGUGUGUGUGUUUCUGUGUGAGCGUAUGGUUUCUUUAUUGUUUGGGUGGCUGGUGUGUGUAGUGUAGUAGUGUGACCUGCCCUGUCUCUUAUCCCCCUGCCCUGCACACCCUUAUCCACCAUGCGGCCGACUCCACUUAUCUCAUCUCUCUCUAUACACACACACACACACACACACACACACACACUCGGACACAUACUCACAGGCACAUACACAUGCACAUACUGUCAUGCUGACACUGAGGCAGAGUCGCUGUGACCGAGUCAGGGACACUUCAGUAGUGUUAGGGCUAGUCCCAUAUGUGUGUUCAGAGGGAACAGAAGCUCAUGUUGAAGCUGGGACUUAGAGGCUAAUGUGGUCCGGCUCUGAACCAACUCCUCCCUUUCAACUUCUUUCUCUAGCUCGCUCUCUUUCUCUCUCUCUCUCUGCUCUCCCUGCUCUGUCCUUCAACAAACAUUUUCUCCUCUCUCCUUAUAAAGCAUUCUCUCUGUUAUUGGCAGUCAGGAGCACUCUCAUGUGACUAGUCACUAGAGCUUGAUGUAGUGUUGUUGCCUGAGGAGUGAGAGAGUGUGUGUGUGUGUGUGUGUGUGUGUGAGAGAGAGAUAUUAAAAAGCUACUCAGCAUCUCACCCUGUUUGAGUACUUAGAAAAAGCCUCCUUCCAUCUUGCCUUUCCGAGUAUCCUAAUCACAGAUCUAAUAUUUUUUAUAUAUUUGUUUCUUUUUACAGUAUAUGAUAUUGGUUCAAUUGCAUAGCUCACCCUGUUGGACUAUGCAAAGUUGUGUAACAUAGCCUGUAAAGAGCGUUUACAGUAAGACCAUUAUUUGACCUAUUGUAUUUUUUACGACAUUGCCGGGUAAUCAAUGGAAGGAUCAUUGGAAGAAAGGAAGGAGAGAUGGUUUCAAACACGGCCCCUGAAGACUCAGCCUUCCUCUUUCAACCCCCCUACCUGACAGACACAGAUACAGAAACAGACACCACACGCCUCUGAGCAGAGUGGUCAUUAGGCUCAUAGCCUCUGACACACACUGUCCCUCUGUUGGACAGCCACUUUAUGCUUGAGACUAUGCAUAAGAAAGACGUGUGUGUGUGUGUGUGUGUAUGUGUGUGUACAGAGAAAGAGAAAGAUGAGAUAAGUGGAGUCGGCCGCAGCAUGGAGGGGUCAGAGCUCCUUUGUCAAGAGAACUGAACCCUGAUUGUUCUGACAGAACCCAGUGCCAACGUCACAGCGCGCGCCCACCGAACACAUUUUCAUGUACACGUAUACACACUCAAUUGUACAUAUUCUCUGCUUUUGAAGCAUCAUGAUUCUGGUUACUUUUCCUCGAUUCAAUCCGUGGUCAGUCAGACAUAGUUGUGUGCUGUGGUCUUGGUCUCAUGGUCACCUGUGUUAUAGUUAUGUUAUGGUUGUGUUGUGGUCAUGGUCUCAUGGUCACCUGUGUUAUAGUUAUGUUAUGGUUGUGUUGUGGUCAUGGUCUCAUGGUCACCUGUGUUAUAGUUAUGUUAUGGUUGUGUUGUGGUCAUGGUGUCAUGGUCACCUGUGUUAUAGUUAUGUUAUGGUUGUGUUGUGGUCUUGGUCUCAUGGUCACCUGUGUUAUAGUUAUGUUAUGGUUGUGUUGUGGUCAUGGUCUCAUGGUCACCUGUGUUAUAGUUAUGUUAUGGUUGUGUUGUGGUCAUGUUCUCUUACGGUCUCCUGUGUUUCUCUCUGCAGGCUAAUAUUGGUCAGAUGGACUCAGCCAAGGACAUGUGGAAGAUGAUCGUUGGAAACCUCGCCCUCAUCCAGGUACGGAACACUCUAUAACAUUCCACCACACCUGCAUGGAGCACUGUGGAACACAGAAAACCAUUCAACACAUUCUCAAACAAAACAUGUGCAUGGAAUGAUGGAACACAGACAUAAAAAAUAACAAGUCCAAUCACAGUGUGUCCUGGUAAGGUGACAUUUUGUUACAAUAACUGGACAGAGUUAGAUGUACAAGUGCUCUUAUGUGUAAUAUUUGAGUGGUUCCUGGAAGCCCCCCAACCCCAGCACUUUGGAUCUCUGUCAGUCACAUAACCUGCUAGAGGGGGUCACUGUGUGCUGGGUCAGCUCACCAGGGGGUUACAGUACUUCUCUCUCUCGCUCUCUCUCUCUCUCUCUUGCACACGCACACACACACACACUAAGCCUCCUCAGGUCGACGAGACGUUUGCUGCAGUGACACACACACACGUACAGUAUAGUUUACCCCUUCUCUCUCUGCCCUCCUCCCAGGUCCAGGCCACGGUAGUAGGGUUCCUGGCGUCCAUCGCCGCGGUGAUCUUUGGCUGGAUCCCCGAGGGAAACUUUAGACUGGGACAUGCUAUCCUGCUGUGUGCCUCCAGUGUGGCAACCGCAUUCAUCGCUUCUCUGAUACUAGGUACCACUAGAAGAAUAAUUAUAUCAGAUACAAUUUAACCCCAGAUACAAUUUAACCCCAGAUACAAUUUAACAACAAUUAAACUGUGAUCAAAUGAAAAUGGACAAUAUAUGUUACACAUUUCCAUAAAGCUGAUUAUGAUUGGUGUGUUUAACAUUAAGCCCCUACUUCUGUCUGCAGGGAUCAUUAUGAUUGGUGUAAUCAUCGCAUCCAGGAAGGUGGGCAUCAACCCUGACAACGUGGCCACGCCCAUCGCUGCCAGUCUGGGAGACCUGAUCACCCUCUCUCUGCUGGCUGGCAUCAGCACAGGACUAUACAAGGAGCUGGGUAUGCACACACAGACACUUGAGAUCACAGAAUUAAUAAUAACACAUACUACAUGAGACACACUACUUGAGUCACAUACACACAUCUCACCAACACCCACUCUGCGUUAUACUUACAGUGGGGGAAAAAAUUAUUUAGUCAGCCACCAAUUGUGCAAGUUCUCCCACUUAAAAAGAUGCGAGAGGCCUGUAAUUUUCAUCAUAGGUACACGUCAACUAUGACAGAUAAAUUGAGGGAAAAAAAAUCCAGAAAAUCACAUUGUAGGAUUUUUAAUGAAUUUAUUUGCAAAUUAUGGUGGAAAGUAAGUAUUUGGUCACCUACAAACAAGCAAGAUUUCUGGCUCUCACAGACCUGUAAUUUCUUCUUUAAGAGGCUCCUCUGUCCUCCACUCGUUACCUGUAUUAAUGGCACCUGUUUGAACUUGUUAUCAGUAUAAAAGACACCUGUCCACAACCUCAAACAGUCACACUCCAAACUCCACUAUGGCCAAGACCAAAGAGCUGUCAAAGGACACCAGAAACAAAAUUGUAGACCUGCACCAGGCUGGGAAGACUGAAUCUGCAAUAGGUAAGCAGCUUGGUUUGAAGAAAUCAACAGUGGGAGCAAUUAUUAGGAAAUGGAAGACAUACAAGACCACUGAUAAUCUCCCUCGAUCAGGGGCUCCACGCAAGAUCUCACCCCGUGGGGUCAAAAUGAUCACAAGAACGGUGAGCAAAAAUCCCAGAACCACACGGGGGGACCUAGUGAAUGACCUGCAGAGAGCUGGGACCAAAGUAACAAAGCCUACCCUCAGUAACACACUACGCCGCCAGGGACUCAAAUCCUGCAGUGCGAGACGUGUCCCCCUGCUUAAGCCAGUACAUGUCCAGGCCCGUCUGAAGUUUGCUAGAGUGCAUUUGGAUGAUCCAGAAGAGGAUUGGGAGAAUGUCAUAUGGUCAGAUGAAACCAAAAUAGAACUUUUUGGUAAAAACUCAACUCGUCGUGUUUGGAGGACAAAGAAUGAUGAGUUGCAUCCAAAGAACACCAUACCUACUGUGAAGCAUGGGGGUGGAAACAUCAUGCUUUGGGGCUGUUUUUCUGCAAAGGGACCAGGACGACUGAUCCGUGUAAAGGAAAGAAUGAAUGGGGCCAUGUAUCGUGAGAUUUUGAGUGAAAACCUCCUUCCAUCAGCAAGGGCAUUGAAGAUGAAACGUGGCUGGGUCUUUCAGCAUGACAAUGAUCCCAAACACACCGCCCGGGCAACGAAGGAGUGGCUUUGUAAGAAGCAUUUCAAGGUCCUGGAGUGGCCUAGCCAGUCUCCAGAUCUCAACCCCAUAGAAAAUCUUUGGAGGGAGUUGAAAGUCCGUGUUGCCCAGCGACAGCCCCAAAACAUCACUGCUCUAGAGGAGAUCUGCAUGGAGGAAUGGGCCAAAAUACCAGCAACAGUGUGUAAAAACCUUGUGAAGACUUACAGAAAACAUUUGACCUGUGUCAUUGCCAACAAAGGGUAUAUAACAAAGUAUUGAGAAACUUUUGUUAUUGACCAAGUACUUAUUUUCCACCAUAAUUUGCAAAUAAAUUCAUAAAAAAUCCUACAAUGUGAUUUUCUGGAGAAAAAAAAUCUCAUUUUGUCUGUCAUAGUUGACGUGUACCUAUGAUGAAAAUUACAGGCCUCUCUCAUCUUUUUAAGUGGGAGAACUUGCACAAUUGGUGGCUGACUGAUGGAAACACUUUAACUCAACCCUUCCUGGCUUGACAUUAAUAGUAGGGAUCUUAUUUUAACAUAGGCCUACUUGAGGUUUGAUUCCACCACUAACCUCAUAGUGGUAGGGAAUGUGUGUAUGUCUGAGUGUGUGACCCCACAGCUAUGCCAUCUACUGUUAGUUCAGUGCUAGUGUUUUCAGUGUCAACACACCUUGUGAUGCAGAUUAACAUGUUUUUUCACACCACACCUCAUUGACCUCACCAUCACAUACAAACAUUACACAUUUCAUAUUUGCACAUUUCCCAUUCACACCCAGUCUGAGCAUCUCAAACACAAACAGCAUUGUGUAUCAUGUGUUGAUAACUGUUUUUAUAUUGAGCUGAUGAAGUGCGUGUGUGUAUAGCGUAACAAUGAUGCUAACUCCUGUGUUUGUUCUCUUAUAGAGUUUAACGACUAUGCCAACCCGUUGGUGUGUGCUGUGUUUGUGGCGCUGACCCCUCUGUGGGUGCUGAUAGCUCGGAGGAUCCCCUCCACCAGAGAGGUGCUCUACUCAGGUUGGGAACCUGUCAUCAUUGCCAUGGCAAUCAGCAGGUGCAAAACCUAUGUCUCUCACUGUUUUCACCUUUAUUUUAGUAGAUGCUCUUAUCCAGAGCGACUUACAGGAGCAAUUAGGGUUAAGUGCCUUGCUCAAGGGCACAUAGACAGAUUUUUCACCUAGUCGGCUCGGGGAUUCGAACUAGCGACCUUUCGAUUACUGGCCCAAUGCUCUUAACCACUAAGCUACCUGCCGCCCAUCUGUGUCACUGUUCUCCUACCUGUUUCAAGUCUGAAGUUUACAGUGAGGGAAAAAUGUAUUUGAUCCCCUGCUGAUUUUGUACGUUUGCCCACUGACAAAGACAUGAUCAGUCUAUAAUUUUAAUGGUAGGUUUAUUUGAACAGUGAGAGACAGAAUAACAACAACAAAAUCCAGAAAAACGCAUGUCAAAAAUGUUAUAAAUUGAUUUGCAUUUUAAUGAGGGAAAUAAGUAUUUGACCCUUCUGCAAAACAUGACUUAGUACUUGGUGGCAAAACCCUUGUUGGCAAUCACAGAGGUCAGACUUUUCUUGUAGUUGGCCAACAGGUUUGCACACAUCUCAGGAGGGAUUUUGUUCCACUCCUCUUUGCAGAUCUUCUCCAAGUCAUUAAGGUUUCGAGGCUGACGUUUGGCAACUCGAACCAUCAGCUCCCUCCACAGAUUUUCUAUGGGAUUAAGGUCUGGAGACUGGCUAGGCCACUCCAGGACCUUAAUGUGCUAAUUCUUGAGCCACUCCAUUGUUGCCUUGGCCGUGUGUUUUGGGUCAUUGUCAUGCUGGAAUACCCAUCCACGACCCAUUUUCAAUGCCCUGGCUGAGGUAAGGAGGUUCUCACCCAAGAUUUGACGGUACAUGGCCCCGUCCAUCGUCCCUUUGAUGCGGUGAAGUUGUCCUGUCCCCUUAGCAGAAAAACACCCCCAAAGCGUAAUGUUUCCACCUCCAUGUUUGACAGUGGGGAUGGUGUUCUUGGGGUCAUAGGCAGCAUUCCUCCUCCUCCAAACACGGCGAGUUGAUUUGAUGCCAAAGAGCUCGAUUUUGGUCUCAUCUGACCACAACACUUUCACCCAGUUCUCCUCUGAAUCAUUCAGAUGUUCAUUGGCAAACUUCAGACGGCCCUGUAUAUGUGCUUUCUUGAGCAGGGGGACCUUGCGGGCGCUGCAUGAUUUCAGUCCUUCACGGCGUAGUGUGUUACCAAUUGUUUUCUUGGUGACUAUGGUCCCUGCUGCCUUGAGAUCAUUGAUAAGAUCCUCCCGUGUAGUUCUGGGCUGAUUCCUCACUGUUCUGAUGAUCAUUGCAACUCCACGAGGUGAGAUCUUACAUGGAGCCCCAGGCCGAGGGAGAUUGACAGUUAUUUUGUGUUUCUUCCAUUUGCGAAUAAUCACACCAACUGUUGUCACCUUCUCACCAAGCUGCUUGGCGAUGGUCUUGUAGCCCAUUCCAGCCUUGUGUAGGUCUACAAUCUUGUCCCUGACAUCCUUGGAGAGCUCUUUGGUCUUCGCCAUGGUGGAGAGUUUGGAAUCUGAUUGAUUGAUUGCUUCUGUGGACAGGUGUCUUUUAUACAGGUACCAAGCUGAGAUUAGGAGCACUCCCUUUAAGAGUGUGCUCCUAAUCUCAGCCCGUUACCUGUAUAAAAGACACCUUGGAGCUUGUCACGUAAAUUUCUAUCUCUAAAACUCAAACUUUGAAUAAUCCCCAGAGGGUGUAAGACUCCAGUUAAGUAUGAAUUAAACAAUUCUCCAGUCUGCAAGGGAUCAGCAUUUUUAUUCAAUGUGAGCGCUCUCCCGCUCAAAACACACACAGACUUUUUAAAUGCCUUCACACAAAGGAACUUUGCUCCGCCCACCUUUAGGCGGCCUGUGACUUUCCACAGUAGAGUUUUCAGCAGUUUCUAAGUCCCCUCUUACUAUGGUAUGUUGGCCUCCAACAGUUUCUACCCAUAUUCCCUGUUAGUGGUUUUAUUUUCUUUUAAUUCUAAUACAGUUUACACAUUUUUACCGUAUUUGGGGUGAAAUCCUUUAGUCAUUAUUUUAAAAAUACAAAUUAAUCUAUCAAUCCACCCUAUGACAAAAAAUUUCACACUCAGGAUAAAUGUAUUUACAAGCAUGAUUAACCUCAGAGAAUAGUUAUAUUAUCUACUUUCAAUCAUAGGUCUUCUUUUUGAGAUUUUCCCUAUGACCUUCAUACGUCAGAACCAAUAAAAGUUUCAUCCAAUUGCGGUCUUUCAGGGUCAAAGUCCUCGUUCUCCACCAAGCCUGGAGGAUCGUAUUUCACAUUCCACUGGUCAGAGUCCGAAGUCGGUCCAUAUCUCAUCAUCUGUUGAGACACUGCAUCCUCCAACGCCUUACUCACCAACCCUCGGACACAGGGAAUAAGACAACAACCACAUAAUACAAGAAUACCAAUACAAGCGAUGGCUGCCUCCAAGAUGGUGGCUGCUAUGGUUUUCCAUUUGCCAAACAUUUCAUCAAACCACCCUAUCAAAUAUGUAUUAACUCCUGAGUUCUCAGCCCAUUCUUCACUUAGAGCAGUCAAUCCUGCAAGAGCUCUGCACCGCCCUUUUCUGCCAGCAACAUAUCUAGAGCCAACCUAUUUUGACAAGUCAUGAGCGAGAUGGCAGAUAAUUUGUCUGAGAUACCCCUUACUGCAUCUCUAGUCUGGUUCACAAACCGUUGUUGGCUGUAAUAUAUCUAAUUAAUCCAAUCCACAUUUUUAUUGAUUGCUACCCUCCAAAAGAACGUUGUAGUAAAUCCUUCCCCUACUUGAUUCAUAGCUUUGUAUUCAUCCGGUAACCCCCUUGGUAUCCCAAUUGUAUCCAUUCAAAUAGGGCUACUCUCCUUCUGGUCAAUACUCCUCCUACGUCUGUUUAACCCUUUCCUUGGUUUCCGGUCACUAAUUCUAACUGGCUGAACCAGUAGAACCGGGGCGCAGAUACCUACCCACCCUUUUGGCCUUGUCUGCCUUAUACGGCCUUUACUGGUACACGCCCACCACACAUCGGUUACAGGGGCUGUAAGGUUCAGACUUCUCUCCUAUGCUUCCAAACCUAAGUCAGUCACAUUACUACUAUUUCCAAUUGAAUUGACAAUUCGUGAUGUCUUUGUUUCUCUUCUGGAUGUCCAGUCCCGCCCGGUCUCAUAUCCCCGUCCCCAAGUGUGUUUAAAUACUUGAGUCCAGGAACAAUCCGCCGUGGGGCCCGAACACAAAUAUGGUGGGGUAUUAUUCCAUUCUGUUGCUUGUUGACAUGUACACCACCCGUUCUUUGACUCCUAUUUUGUAGGUUACUCGUCCCUGACGGUCGGUAUGUCGGGUCGUUUCUCUUUUACUUCUUAACAAUGGUAAGGGCAUAGCGUAAUUGGUGCGGGUGGUGGUGGAUCUUGACAUAUCAGGACCAUUGCCGAGACUAUGAUGCAGCUCAGGGUUACACAUAUUCCCAAAAACCGCCAACCCUCUCCUGCCCUUAGUCUUUCUGCUUGGUACCACCCCAUACUCACACCCUAAGAACACACUACAGUGAUGAUAGGUCGGGGUAGGAGAUCUUCGUUAACAGAGGUGAUCCCCAGACCUUAUUGGUACAGUUCUUCUCUCUAACUCUGCGUGUGUUCAGUGGUGCUUGUAUGUGUUCUUACCUUUUUGCAGUGGGUAACGUGGACCCAGGUUGCUCUUUCUGCUAUUCUAAUGGAAAAGGCGGUGACUAAUAUAACCUGAUAGGGCCCAUCCCAACAGGCCUGCUUCCAGUCUUUCUUAGGGACUGGAUCCACACCAGUCACCUGGUUGGAUAGAGUGGGUCACCUUCUCCUUUAGUUCACCUGUGGGGCACAAAACCUUUGACAUACAGGUGUGGUUAAUAAACAACCUUCUCAUGUGCUCUGCUAGGGUGCUCUCAAUUUCUAUCUCUGCCUGCUCCUGUGUGUUUUCCUUAACCCCUCUCUAAUCAUACCGUUCACAUUAGUAUUUCCUUUCUAGACUGUAUAUACAAUUUUUUAUUUUGUAUUUAGUCCUCUCCUCCGUCUAUUUAUCUUUAAUCCUACCAACUACCAUCAUCCCCCCUCUUGACACAUGUCACUGCCCAUGUGUCAAUAUUACCACCUACCUAAACAAUCACUUAGGUAAUAUUGGUAAAUUAUCCUUAUGCCAAAUUCCCUCCUUCUUGACUGCUCCUAUUUUCUCCCAUUUGGUCACUUCCUUCAUUGGUGCUCUCAACUGCCUCUCUAUCAGUAAUGUUUUAUCAAUGUUCACUUCUUCUUUCAGAUGUAAGUAUGUAGGUGCCUGUGGUUUGAGGCCUGCCUUCUUCGCUUCCUCAUCUGCCUUUCUGUUGCCGUUUCUUAUGCUAUCUACACCUUUAGUAUGAGCCUCACAUUUACAAAUAGCUAACUUCUCUGGUAGGAGUACAGCAUCUAAAAGAUUCAAAAUUAACUGGGCAUGUGUAAUGGUUCUGCCAGAAGUUUUUACCAUUCCUCUGUUUCUCCAUUGUGCAGCAAGUACGUGUACUGUAUUAAAUGCAUAGGCACUAUCGGUGUAAAUAGUAAUCUUUUUCCCUUUUCCCAAAUGACAUGCACGAGUGAGAGCUACUAUCUCAGCCUGUUGUGCAGUAUAAUUUAUAGGUAAAGAUUCAGCUUCCAAGACGUCUGUCUCUGUUACAACUGCAUAUCCUGUAGCAUUCGUACCAUCAGGGGUUUUUCUAGAUGAGUUUAACGUUCGCCCCUCCUGAGUUAUGGUAUGUCCUAAGUAAAUUACCUCGCUCUGCCAGAGUUUAAGUUUAUUUUUGCUGACUUUUUUGUCCCUGUUCUGCCAGAAAGGUCAACAAUUGGAUUGUAUCCCUCUUACAUCCCUCUUGAGUGGGAUUAGCUAAUAGAAUAUAAUCUACCUAAAUUAACAUUUGGCUUCCUUCCUGAGGUUCAAACUUUCCCAAAUUCCUGGUUAUAGCCUGGCUCUCCCUCCCCGCUCACUACCAUGUUAUCCCGUACCACAUAUGCCUUCAUACCCCUCUCAGUCGGUGUUUCAGCUACUUUCAACUGAGUCAUAGCGUCUCUUCCUAGCAGAUUAACUGGACAUAGGUUUGAUAUCAGUACAGGUAUGCCUGCUCCUCCUCCUGAAUUUUCAUGUUUUAAAGUCACAGGAGCUGAUAAUCGCUCUAUAAAUUGAUGGCCUGAGCCAGAGCGUACUAGGAUUGAUCAAUUCACACUAGAAAGUCAAAACAGAGUUCAGAGGUCAUUGAAAUCCUUCAAAGAAUUGCUCCAUCUAAUAGUAUACUAAACAUCACCAACAUUCAAAACAUUUCAUAAAUGUUACUUAUCCCAAGUGUACAUUAAGACCUAAUUACAUUUAUUCUCAUAAGAAAUCAUGUAUACCCAAAACUCAGUCAAAAAAUUAAAAAAAACUUUGUGUGCUCCUUUAAGACUGAUCACCUUUGACCUGUUGAAACCCCCCUAAAAUCGAAAUAACAACUCUUUAUAAACAUCAUACUAGGUGUGUUGUGUUUUAUUUGAAAAACCCAAUUGAAAACAACAAAUAAAAAUAGCCAGGCCUUACUUAAUUUGGUAGCUCCCUUUUACGACCUAAUAAUGCCUAACUUCACUAAACUGCUCCCCUUAGCCCUGGGCAACAUUCCAAUGAGAUAAGCAAAUCCCCUUUCUGCUGGAAAAUAAAUUACACAUUUUGUUAACAUUCAAUUACAAUCAGUAAUCCAAAGAUAGUAAGUACACACAAAACAUGAUACAGAUGUAGACAGUCCUAUCUCAUCAAUAAUCGUUUGUAUCAAUCUAAUUCCUCAUAACUACUCCAUAAAAAUAUUAUAUAAAAUCUCUUAAAAGAUGAAAACCACUCAAGGUUCCUCGAGUAUACAAUGAUUAUGUUUACUUGAUUACCCUUCAGAUCAUAUCCUCUUUAAUUCUCACAAUGAUUAUUGAAGCCCUAAAUCUGCUCCAUGUGAUCCCAUAUCAAAUGAUCCAUUAUCGUAUACUUGAUCAACAACAUAGGAAAAUCUGUUUCCCUUUCUAUUGUUCCUGUUACCCCUGUAAAUGUCAUAUUUCAUUCAUUAGCCAAUACAAUCACGUACUCCGCUUAAGUAAGACGUGAUAUUUUAUCCCAUGCAUCUAUUCAAAAAUGGUUUGAUACGUUGUCUCCUACUCUCCCCUUAACAUAAUGCUAUAGGAGACUUCCAUCAAUCCUGGAAAAAAACUCCCACUCACAAAACACUAGAUAAUACCACGUUUCAUUAAGUUCACUACACCUUCUAAUAUAAACCUAUAACCCCUUUCUAGUAAUUUAAUCAUCGCAACCUGUUGCAUUGAUGUUUUAAAAUAUAAACCUAUUGUUUAAUAACUUCAUAACUUACAAAAAAUGUUUACUUCUUCAUCAGCCUAAUAGUAAAAAAGUACCAUAAACAGAUUAUCGUUUUUAGAAUGAAUGAACUGUCUGCAUAACUCACUGUUGUUUAAACAAACGAUAUAAUGUAAUAAUAAUAAUUACCAAUUAUCAAAUAACGUUUCAUAUUCAACUAUCUAGACAUGUUCUUCAUAUCAUCCCAAUGCUUCCUACAUAUGUCAAUAUAGCCCAACUAUCACUACUUCCUUUCACCCUCUUAUGAAAUCGUGUCAUUAGUAAAUUGUCUCCACAAAGCACUACUACCUAAUAACAUAUUUUCAUUCACCUAAAUAUAAAUAAUUAUUUUAAUACCAGUCUUAUUAAACAAUCCAAUUCAACAUCAAUUCAACAUGUCUCAUCACCCAAUUAACUUACUUACUUUGUAAACCCUCUACAAUAUCUAUUAUUCUCUAUCGCUAACUUUCCAUAUAGCAGUACUUUAACGGAUGACAAAUUAUUGUAAAGUUAUAGUCAAAACUAACAAAACAUCUAUUCACCGAUAUGCAACUUUAAUUACUAUGUUAUACUAUUCGCUAUGUGCUGGUAAGACAAUUCCUUUCACGUAAUGUUAUCAAUUCAUCUAGUAAUCUAGGUCAAUAGCAUCAAUGCAAAAUAUUUGCUUUCUGUCCCUACCUGGGUUCAAACCAGGGACCCUCUACCCAUAUCAACAACAUUUACCAUGUCGCUCCACAAAAUCCGCUAUCAUUGCAAAACAAGUUAAACAACUACUUCCAUGUCGCAUAGCAAGUUACGUCACCACCCUAAACGUCACUAGUUCGCACAACUAACUAGCUAGCCCUUUCACCCCAAACAUCCAACCCCCUAUGACUUCCUUUUCCACAGCAACCAUUGAUCCUCGUCAGCAAGCCCCAAUGGUUAACACCCGCAGACAAAAAACAUGGAGCUUCUUCCAUUUAUUCCUAGUAGACAAAAUAAAACACACUCUCAAACAGCAUUCUGCAUUUACCUCUUCAUUGAGUUUAAAUUAAACCUAUUGUUAAUAACUUCAUAACUGUACAAAAAUGUUUUACUUCUUCAUCAGCCAUAUUAGUAAACAAGUACCAUAACGAUUAUCGUUUUAGAAUGAAGUAACCACUUGCAUUAACUCACUGUUGUUAAAAACGUAUAAUGUAUAUAAUACAUAAUUCCAAUUAUCAAAUAACGUUUCAUAUUCAACAUAUAGACUGUUCUUCCAUAUACAUCCCAAUGCUCCAUAAUAUGUCAUAUAGCCCUAUCAUUCACCACUUCCUUUCACCCUCUUAUGAAAUCGUGUCAUUAGUAAAUUGUCUCCACAAAGCACUACUACCUAAUAACAUAUUUUCAUUCACCUAAAUAUAAAUAAUUAUUUUAAUACCAGUCUUAUUAAACAAUCCAAUUCAACAUCAAUUCAACAUGUCUCAUCACCCAAUUAACUUACUUACUUUGUAAACCCUCUACAAUAUCUAUUAUUCUCUAUCGCUAACUUUCCAUAUAGCAGUACUUUAACGGAUGACAAAUUAUUGUAAAGUUAUAGUCAAAACUAACAAAACAUCUAUUCACCGAUAUGCAACUUUAAUUACUAUGUUAUACUAUUCGCUAUGUGCUGGUAAGACAAUUCCUUUCACGUAAUGUUAUCAAUUCAUCUAGUAAUCUAGGUCAAUAGCAUCAAUGCAAAAUAUUUGCUUUCUGUCCCUACCUGGGUUCAAACCAGGGACCCUCUACCCAUAUCAACAACAUUUACCAUGUCGCUCCACAAAAUCCGCUAUCAUUGCAAAACAAGUUAAACAACUACUUCCAUGUCGCAUAGCAAGUUACGUCACCACCCUAAACGUCACUAGUUCGCACAACUAACUAGCUAGCCCUUUCACCCCAAACAUCCAACCCCCUAUGACUUCCUUUUCCACAGCAACCAUUGAUCCUCGUCAGCAAGCCCCAAUGGUUAACACCCGCAGACAAAAAACAUGGAGCUUCUUCCAUUUAUUCCUAGUAGACAAAAUAAAACACACUCUCAAACAGCAUUCUGCAUUUACCUCUAUCAUAGGGUUUAAAAACUAACGUAACAACAUUAACCAUCCUAAAUUGCUGUAGUAACGUCAUGUUUGGUUCAGUUUAUCACCAAUCCUCCAUUAUUAGAAUCAGAUCUAGGUAAUAUCCUUUCUAAGUAGGCUAGAAGUAACACCAAACACUUGCUGUACCUCGCUCUGAAAUGAUAGAUAGAAAUAAUGCUUAAUCAAUUUCUAUCAUAUGAUCUAUGUACUGUCUCCCAAUCGGCAGUGUAUCAAAUACUUGUUCUCCCCACUGUAUCUCACACAAUGAUAAUUAUCUCCCUUCCCGUUUAUAUUGUAAAGACUGUAUCUUGUACAAUCUCAAUAUUAACUAGUUUAUAUUACCUUGAGUCAAUUGCGGACCCACUUCCUUCCUCUCUUUUGAUCUACACCCCCCCCCCCCCCCCCCCCCCCAUACUGCCGCAUGGUUUCCUCUAGAUAAGCGUCUAAAAACGGGCUGCCGGGAUGUCGAUCCUUUUGGAUUAUCAACAGAUUACUACCCUCACUACAGCAGAUUUGAACAGAUAUUUUUUUCUUCCUACUGCAGUUUGAAGAUAUCAAUCCCCCUCAAAAAACCAUGAAUAAAAAUCAUUGACCUUAUUCUUGCAGCUGGGACUCAAUUUUGGUUAGAUAUCUGUUAUAUCUAGCCUAGUUGUAGAAGAACGGACAUCUGCACAGUUUCACAUUGAACAUCACUCUGUCGUUUAAUGACAUGUGCCACGCAUUCUGACAACCCAUUCAUCCGUAACGCAGCACGUCGUACCAUACAUAACAAUAUCGUCACCGUUUCUGUCGUUCAUCAGUUUCCCACCGGCCUGUAUUGAACCUCAAUAUCGGAGGCCAGGACUUAGUUUAUACGGAUGUUCAUCCGCCCGUGCACGGUUUUCGGUGUCCCUGGAACGACAAAAAACUGAUAUUCAUAUCCGGCUCGAAGUACCAAUUGUCACGAGAAUUUCUAUCUCUAAUACUCAAACAUUGAAUAAUCCCCAGAGGGUGUAAGACUCCAGUUAAGUAUGAAUUAAACAAUUCUCUAGUCUGCAAGGGAUCAGCAUUUUUAUUCAAUGAGAGCGCUCUCCCGCUCAAAACACACACAGACUUUUUAUAUGCCUUCACACAAAGGAACUUUGCUCCGCCCACCUUUAGGCGGCCUGUGACUUUCCACAGUAGAGUUUUCAGCAGUUUCUAAGUCCCCUCUUACUAUGGUAUGUUGGCCUCCAACAGUUUCUACCCAUAUUCCCUGUUAGUGGUUUUAUUUUCUUAUAAUUCUAAUACAGUUUACACAUUUUUACCGUAUUUGGGGUGAAAUCCUUUAGUCAUUAUUUAACAAAUACAAAUUCAUCUAUCAGAGCCAGAAAUCUUUCUGAUUGAGAGGGGGUCAAAUACUUAUUUUCCUCAUUAAAAUGCAAAUCAAUUUAUAACAUUUUUGACAUGCGUUUUUCUGGAUUGUUUUGUUGUUAUUCUGUCUCUCACUGUUCAAAUAAACCUACCAUUAAAAUUAUAGACUGAUCAUUUCUUUGUCAGUGGGCAAACGUACAAAAUCAUUAGGGGAUCAAAUACUUUUUUCCCUCACUGUACAUACACCUUAGCCAAAUAUAUUUAAACUCAGUUUUUCACAAUUCUUGACAUUUAAUCCUAGUAAAAGUUCCCUGUCUUAGGUCAGUUAGGAUCACCACUUUAUUUUAAGAAUGUGAAAUGUCAGAAUAAUAGUAGCGAGAAUGAUUUAUUUCAGCUUUUAUUUAUUUCAUCACAUUCCCAAUGGGUCAGAAGUUUACAUACACUCAAUUAGUGUUUGGUAGCAUUGCCUUUAAAUUGUUUAACUUGGGUCAAACGUUUCGGGUAGCCUUCCACAAGCUUCCCACAAUAGAUUGGGUGAAUUUUGGCCAAUUCCUCCUGACAGAGCUGGUGUAACUGAGUCAGAUUUGUAGGCCUCCUUGCUCGCACACGCUUUUUCAGUUCUGCCCACAAAUGUUCUAUAGGAUUGAGGUCAGGGCUUUGUGAUGGCCACUCCAAUACCUUGACUUUGUUGUCCUUAAGCCAUUUUUCCACAACUUUGGAGGUAUGCUUGGGGUCAUUGUCCAUUUGGGAGACCGAUUUGCGACCAAGCUUUAAUUUCCUGACUGAUGUCUUGAGAUGUUACUUCAAUAUAUCCACAUAAUUUUCCUUCCUCAUGAUGCCAUCUAUUUUGUGAAGUGCACCAGUCCCUCCUGCAGCAAAGCACCCCCACAGCAUGAUGCUGCCACCCCCGUUCUUCAGCUUGCAAGCAACCCCCUUUUUCCUCCAAACAUAACGAUGGUCAUUAUGGCCAAACAGUUCUAUUUUUGUUUCAUUAGACCAGAGGACAUUUCUCCAAAAAGUACGAUCUUUGUCCCCAUGUGCAGUUGCAAACCGUAGUCUGGCUUUUUUAUGACGGUUUUGGAGCAGUGGCUUCUUCCUUGCUGAGCGGCCUUUCAGGUUAUGUCGAUAUAGGACUCGUUUUACUGUGGAUAUAGAUACUUUUGUACCUGUUUCCUCCAGCAUCUUCACAAGGUCCUUUGCUGUUGUUCUGGGAUUGAUUUGCACUUUUCGCACCAAAGUACGUUCAUCUCUAGGAGACAGAGCGCGUCUCCUUCCUGAGCGGUAUGACGGCUGCGUGGUCCCAUGAUGUUUAUACUUGCGUACUAUUGUUUGUACAGAUGAACGUGGUACCUUCAGGCGUUUGGAAAUUGCUCCCAAGGAUGAACCAGACUUGUGGAGGUCUACCAUUUUUUUUCUGAGGUCUUGGCUGAUUUCUUUUGAUUUUCCCAUGAUGUCAAGCAAAGAGGCACUGAGUUUGAAGGUAGGACUUGUAAUACAUCUACAGGUACACCUCCAAAUGACUCAAAUUAUGUAAAUUAGCCUAUCAGAAGCCUCUAAAGCCAUGACAUAUUUUUUUUGAAUUUUCCAAGCUGUUUAAAGGCACAGUCAACUUAGUGUAUGUAAACUUCUGGCCCACUGGAAUUGUGAUACAGUGAAUUAUAAGUGAAAUAAUCUGUCUGUAAACAAUUGUUGGAAAAAUUACUUGUGUCAUGCACAAAGUAUAUGUCCUAACCGACUUGCCAAAUCUAUAGUUUGUUAACAAGACAUUUUUGGAGUGUUUGAAAAACGAGUACCUCUCAUCUCUCACCUGUGUCUGUCCUGUGUCUCACCUCCCCUCCUCUGUUCUCUCCCUCAGUGUUGGGGGUCUGAUCCUAGAUAAGACCGUGUCAAACCCCAACUUCGCUGGCAUGGCUGUCUUCACUCCUGUUAUCAACGGUAAGACUCUCUCCUGGCACUGAAUACUCUGCACACAAGCACUCAUACACAAGCACUCAUACACAAGCACUCAUACACAACCACUCAUACACAAGCACUCAUACACAACCACUGAUACACUAUGUCUCAUAUUUGUGCUCUAUUGUGUGUAUGCCAGGUGUUGGAGGUAACCUGGUAGCGGUGCAGGCCAGUAGAAUCUCCACCUAUCUGCACAUGAACGGUAUCCCUAUGGGAGACCCUGACCCCAACCCCAGGAAAUGCCCCACCCCCUGCACCUCCUUCUUUUGCUCCAGUGAGUAUUGAUUAGUUUUAUAGAAAGGUUCAAUAUUGACUGAUGCAGGAUUGUUAUCAAAAUGCCUGUUGGUUGAGGGAAGACUCGUUAAGCUAAUGCUCCCUUCUUGUUAAUUUAUUUAUCUCUCUCUCUCUCUUUCCCAGAUGUGAACUCUCGUUCGGCACGGGUGCUCUUCCUCCUGGUUGCUCCAGGUCACCUGGUCUUCCUCUACACCAUCAACUCCAUGCAGGGAGGACACACCACGCUAACAUCCAUCUUCAUAGCCUUCUACAUGGCUGCUGCACUACUGCAGGUACACACACACACACACACACACACACACUCACACCCUCACACACCCUCACGACUCUUCCUCUCUGUCUCUAGGUGUUGAUCCUGUUGUACCUGGCUGACUGGAUGGUCCACUGGAUGUGGAGUAGGGGGAUGAACCCUGAUAACUUCUCUAUUCCUUACUUGACGGCCCUGGGAGAUCUGCUGGGGACCGGCUUCCUGGCCCUCUGCUUCCAUGUCCUAUGGCUCAUUGGAGACAGAGACACCGAUGUGGGAGACUGAACACACACACCUGGACAGCAUAUAUACACAGCAUCAAUACCAGAUCACCGGAAACAACCUGAACAACUGAACUGUACAGUAUCUCCCUCUGGACAUCAGAACCACAGAACAACUGAAUGACUUUCAGACCCAGACCUCAACCCUGACCCAUUGACCCCCAAUCUUCCCCCAAACCCCUCUCCCUGGGUCGCAGACUAUGCCAUUUUUUCUUUAUUUGACUAAAUAAGAGUUCUACUACUAUCGUUUUUAUUGUUAUUAUGAUGACUAUGAUUAUUAUUGGUAAUAGUGAAUUUGAUAUGAAUCUAUAUCUGUUUUACCGUUGGGUGGAUGAAACCUCAUUAUUUUCAAUGGGGACAUUCUCCCUUGGGCCAGUCACAUUGGCAGCAUUUGUAAAGAUGAGAUCAAUCUUAGACUUGAAAUGAAGACAGACAGCAAAAAAAACUCACACAAGCCUAGAAUGCUUAAUCACCAAGUGCUAUACGUAUAAAGAGAUUAAUCCAUUUUUAAAGGACCCUCUCAAUUUGCCUUGCUUUGAGAGUAGUGAUUCAGUGGGGGCUGCUCCACAGGGGCCCGGACCAGAAUGUAGAGACCUGAAUCCGCUUAGGUAACAACCUCCCAACCCCGUCAGAGGAUGUCUGAACACUAACCUGAACAGAA